CUUCCAGCCUGCCCUGUGUGUGUCAGCGGGCUGAGCCUGACGGGAAAUUCCAAGAUGGCCGCGCUCAUUUGAACCAUCCUCCCUAUCCUUGUGUAUGCGGCUCUCUGGCUGUUCUUGUCUUUCCUUAUUUCGACCUGUAGGUACCAGGCAUCACCCCCAGGCCUCUGUCUAGCGCCGAGAGCACGGACGGACGAUUACUUUACAACCAGGUGUGGGAGAUGUGUGUUAUUAUUAGUCACUAUGUGUCUAUAAAUGGCCAAUGGGUAUUCAUGCUCACAUAGCUGUAAUUCUGUCAUUAUGGAAAAAAACAAUAAAAAAUAAAAAAUUGUAAAAUCAGUCACCUUGACCUGUAACAGCCCCCCUCCAAUAGUCAUUGGACAUUGAAGUUUAUAAUGAAAAAGUGAUGCUCACUCCUUUGAGUUUCCUUCAGUUAUCUAUACUUUCCAUUAUAUUACAAAGGUACACAGUGGCUGUUUGUAAGAAUAUGUGUUAUAGUGUAUCUACUUUAUUUUACCAAUAGCUGCUACCUCUCAAAUCCCCAGUCUAUCCUUUAGAUUGUAAGCUCAGCGGCUAGCUAGCUAAGCACUUUGUAUAAAAGAGCUCCAAUGGCUAGAUCUCCGUUUCCAGACAGGGCUCUGUCUACCUUUUGUGUUUUGUCUGCGUAUAUUGUACGUUCUCCCAUAAUUGUACAGCGCUGUGGAAUGUGCUGGCGCUUUAUAAAUGCCAGUAAUAAAUGAAUAAAUGUGUAGCACCAACGCAUUCCACAAUGCUUUGGGAUGUUUUCUUAAAAUGCGUCGAUGAUCAUAUUCUCUUUUAGUGUUUUUCAUUGUCAAAUAGAGUUCCAAACGCCAUAGCUUUAAAUUCUACCCUAAUAAAUUUGCUUAUUAGAAAAGGAAAAUAAAUUUGUUAAAUUGCCAUGUGAUGAGCAUAACACCAAACAGGACGUGAAAAGGUGAGCUUAUGCGUUAUAAAGAUAGACUAGGGUAAACUGAAUGACAUUGAUUAACUUGUUUACUGUUAACAAUGAAUCUGUAACAAUGUACACAGUUAUCGAGAAUAACAUUCUACAUUAAACACAGGUUCUGAACUUUUCCUUAUGGCAACAGUUAGUCCAAUGCUGCAUGUAAAAGGAUUUAUAUAGAUAUCACUUGGUUUAAUCUUGUGGUAUGUAAUAUUUUCCAGAAAUAAUGUGGAUAUUUGGAACCCAUGUCGAACAUCUAUGAAGAGAGGCAAGCAAUGAUUGCAGCAGGGGAUUUGCAGGAGUUUGUUCCUUUUGGCCGUGAUCACAGCAAGCACCACCCCAAUGCUCUGAAUCUCCAGCUUCGCCAGCUACAGCCAGCCUCUGAGUUGUGGUCAUCUGAUGGGGCAGCAGGCUUGGUUGGAUCACUGCAGGAGGUAUCAAUACACGAGAAACAAAAGGUAAAUAUAGCAUUUCUGAGAUUAGCUUUAUAAGAUAGAUGAGUAUAUAUAUAUAUAUUAUUUUUUUAAUUUGUAAACACUCUUUAAUGCUGGUUAUUUCAGCUUCAAAAAUCUAUUUGAGUUUUAGAGUAUUUGUUUUUAAAUAUGCUGUGAGAAAUGAUUUUCUUCCCAGUAUUUCUACAUUUUCUAUCAACAAACACAGUUGAGGGUAUUUGAAAGAGUUUUGGGCUAUUCGGUUUAACAGGAUUUGGUCAAAAUUGACAAAGGAUUGUCAGAUACACAGGGUUCUUCACUAAAGCAAGAAUUCAAAGAGAAUAAGUGUUAAGUUACUUAAAUCACAUAUUUUUCCAUAGUUCACAAUUACAUUGGUUAAGUGGAUCCAAUCCUUGUGCUCUAUAAAGUGAAGCUUCCAUUUUUAAUUGAAAUUGAACUUGCGUGUUCAAUGAUUCCAAUAUAAAAGGGGAUGAAGACUUCAAGUUUCUUGCUAUAAUUAUUUUGACUGCGGUCAUAUAGUGUGUGUGUGUGUGUAUAUAUAUAUAUAUAUAUAUAUAUAUCAAUAGCUCGUUAGCGUUUAAACUUCCUAUAUUCAUAUGGAGUAUGGCAUUCUCUGGAUCUUUUGGUAUGAUCUUAUUAAACAGGGUUCUUAAUCGAUAGAAGGCCUCAGACCAUAAAGCUUUUACAACUUCACAGUCCCACCAAAUAUGGAGAAAAGAACCAGGGAACUUAUUUCAUCUCCAACACAUCGGAGAGCAAUAAUUAUACAUCUUCGCUAUCCUAUUAGGCACUAAAUAACAUCUAUACAUUACCUUAAAUAAUACCUCGACCAAAUUUACACAGUGAAUAUACUUACAUCCUUUAGAUAAAACUGAGCUCCAUUCGCCUCUUGAUGGAGCUACCUUAAAGGACCACUAUAGGCACCCAGACCACUUCAGCUUAAUGAAGUGGUCUGGGUGCCAGGUCCAUCUAGAAUUAACCGUUUCUGCUGUAAACAUAGCAGUUUCAGAGAAACUGCUAUGUUUACCUAUGGGUUAAUCCAGCCUAUAGUGGCUGUCUCAUUGACAGCCGCUAUAGGCGCUUCCGCGCUUCUCACUGUGAUUUUCACAGUGAGCAGACACCAGCGUCCAUAGAAAAGCAUUGAGAAUGCUUUCCUAUGGAUUGGCUGAAUGCGCGCACUGCUCUUUCCGCGCAUGCACAUUCAGCCGAUGAUGGGAAAAGGAGGCGGAGAGUCCCCACCACCGAGGGAGCCCGGCGGUGAAGAAAAGGUAUGUGUUUAACCCCUUCCUCACCCUAGAGCCCGGCGGGAGGGGGACCCUAAGGGUGGGGGGGACCUAGAGAGACUCUAGUGCCAGGAAAACGAGAGUGUUUUCCUGGCACUAUAGUGGUCCUUUAAAAUCUUUUUUCCAUUCUCUGAAACUAUGUUUUCAGCUGCAGGGUUAAUCCUAGAUGGACCUGGCACCCAGACCACUUCAUUAAGUUGAAGUGGUCUGGAUGCCUAUAGUGGUCCUUUAACCUCUAUUUUGAGUAAGUCACUCCUAAAUUUGGAAGCAAUUUUGUUUACUUUAUCGUUUUUAAAUAGUACACAAAUAAUCCUAACUUCCUCUGUGAGCUCAAUGAUCAUAUUACGUACUAAGAAAUAUUUAAGUUUAAUAUAGGUAAAGUAUUCAAUAUCAGUCAUAUUAAACUCUUGCUGAAUUUGUAGAAAAGGCUAUAGUUUAUUUCUCAUAUAAAGUUGCUCCACUCUCACUAUUCCAUUUUGCAUCCACUUAUUUAAAUGAAUAUCUAUAAUAUGAGGCCUACGUCUUUUCUCUUUUCCCUAUUUAAGAAAUUAUAGACUAAUCUUUUUGCUGUCGAGUUAAGGCCCUGAGUGUUCACUGUUAUCAUUCUAAUCAUUUUACUUCCAUGCGAACAGCCCCCAAGAACCAAAGCAAUGUGUUUACAUAAAAUUUAACACAGACAAAUACAUUUACCACAAAACGCAGCCAAUUGAUCAACUCGAUUAAAUUGGCCUGAGAUGACCUCUCUCCUACUUUCUGGUUAGUUGGACUAAUUUUACGAAAAUUGGCUGUAUAACUCAAUACCUUUUUGGGUUUUUUUUUUUGGUCUCACUACUGGACACUAGGUGGGGGAAAGAAGGGGUCCUGCCUGGCAUGGCCACUGAGUAAUUCAUUUUAUGGGAAUUAUUCAUAAGUACAUUACAUCAGUACUUUAAUACAUAGAUCCAUUGUUUCCAUUUUCUCAUCUGUAAUACUACUACCAUAGUUUUUAUGCUUGUAAGGACCUGUUGCACACUUUUCCUUUCUCUUGUCUAAGCAAAAAACGAAAAAUUUGAGUUAACUGUACACCUAUAUAAUUAUAUAUUGGUUUGCUUUGACCUAUAUAAAUCCAUAUCCAACACAAUUAAUUCAGUAUCUUGUAAGAGUGGAUUAUUGAACACGUUACUGAAUUCUACUCAUUCUUCCAUUCACCUUAGACACAAGAAUUCUCUAAAAUAUGAACAAAAAAAAGAAAAUUAAACAAUGCCAGCUUCUCUAAUUUUUCCAUAUCGACUGAGUUCGAUACAAACGUCAGAUAAACCUUAUCCAUAUCCAUGUGUAUUCCAACCAUUUUCUCAUAGAAUUACCAUAAUGAUCAGUACUGUUUGUAUAAUUUACACCCUAUACCUAAAACCUCUCUACUAUUAACUAUUCCAACUGUUUAAUUUCUCACUGGGAUUUUAUGCACUGAGUGUCAUCUAUUACUUAUUUAUUUAAUACUACCUAUGAAAAAAAAACUUUGCUAUUCACCUUUACCCCUUCUAUACUGCCUAACCUUACUUUAGUAGGUCUACUAUAUUUUAUCAAGACUGUGAUAUAAAAAAUAUAAUAAAAACAAAAAAUAAUUCAAGAGUUGUGUGGUGCACUCAAUUCAUUUUAACAAUCUGUGAGGUAUUAAUAUUUGUACUUGGAUCUAUGACCUCCAUUUUCUCUCCUGUAAUAACACUCUCAUAGUUUUGUGGGCUUAAAAGCGUAUUGCUCACUAUCUUCCUAUCUAUUGUCUUAAAAAAAGAAAAAAACACGUCAAAUUGAAUGAGUUGACUGUACUCCUGAGCGGUUAUGUAUUUAUUUUUAUACCUUAACCCUUUACAUCCAUAUACCCCACCCAGAAUUCAAUAUCUUAUUAGAGUGAAUUAGUGAACACCGUACUUAAUUAUAGUCAUUCUUUCAUUCACCCUAGUCACAAUAAUUCUCUAAAAUAUAGCAUUUAAAAAAAAAAAAUGAGGGGGCUCCUACUCCUCCUUGUCUCCUUCACUCUCCCCUCUUCAUUCUGACGAUCAUGUAAUAUUAAGAUUUUUUUUGCCCAAUUUGAGAGUUUUUCUGGGGUAUCAAAAAUUUCCAUCCUGUCAUUCCAUAUGACAAUCAGCAGUUUGGGAUAUCCCAAACUGUACAUAAUGUUUUGUUUUUUUUUUUGUCUCAACAUGGCUAGUAUGGAGAUGAAUCCUCUUUGCCAAUUCCUGAUUAUACAGGAAAGGUCUUGACAUAUUAUAAUAUUUUAAAAUGUAUUGUCUAAAAUAGUAUUUUUCCUCAUGGACGACAGAAUUUAGAUUUUAGUAUGAAUUCAGUGUACUUUUACUAUUACGUCCCGUGGCACAGACUCUGGAAUGUUGAGGGGUCUUGGUAAACGAUGAAAUUGGUCGAUUAGUCAUGUGUAUCUUCAUAAGGGGUGAUGUUUUAAAAAAAUACUUGCAGAUAUAUCUGUACAUUUUCCUUUUAAAUGCCUUUUGGAAUAUUGCGGAUUCUAAUGUUGGCCCUUCUAGAGUGAUCUUUCAAGAGAGAUUAUUUUCUUUUCCAUCAUUGUGUUCAUUUUCUGCAGGUAUAUUGCGUCUCCAUCUUAGCAAAAUUAACUUCCAUAGUGGCUAAUUUUUGGUGUAUGUUUUUUGAUUCUUGUUUUAUUUCUAUCAUACUGGCUGCAAUGUCUUCUCUGAUUUUGCCUGCGAAUUUGUAAGUAAUUAGACAACGUUUCUUCUGUUACACGUGCUUGGACUUGUGUUAAACUUUCCUUUGACACACUGCUCUUAGGGGAUCUGUCCAUUCUCUAUUGUAGCGAUUGAUACUUAUUUUGGGAAGGGGAGAAGGAGCCAGAUAAUCUUUUCUCUGUAUUUGGAUCUUUUCUAUGCUCCUUUUUCCUUUCUUCAGUAGCUUUGAGGCCAUUAUUUCUGAACUUUUCUUUAUUUUUAGGUAUACUGUGUGUUUGUUUAUCUCUUUCCCUUUAAUUUGGAAUUAUUAUCUUUUAGACCUUAAUAUGUUGACCCAGGUCUAUUCUCUUGAACUUUACAGAAACCACAGUCUCUAUAGUGGUUAUUGUACCCCCUUGUAAUAUAUUAUGCCACUUUGAUACGGUUAAUGAAUCCGUUAUAGCAAGCAGCCUAACACGAAAAAUACAGUGUUUGGCAAUUACACCCACAUGCCGGCAUUUCAGCUACUUCCUCCUAUCGUCUGAUUAUUUCCUCCUUUGUUUAAACUAUUUACACUUCCAGCAGUACUUGGCUUUUUCUCUGCUUCUUCUUUGUGCACACGACUUUGCUUCAUGGACUCCACUGCUGUUCCAUUUCCCUGACUCACAGUAUGAGUAUUACCACAGCCAUUUCAGUGCACCCACCUCGCGGCUUCCCCUUGCCCCGUCUCACAACAUCUACGCAACGUGCGUCAUACGUCCCUCUUCCCGCCGUCUCUGGGGAAAAAAAACCCUGUUUUCUCUUAGAGGGCUAAUUUAAAGGGUUUCCCUAUAUUUUUUUCUUUCUUUCUAUAAGUCUUAGAUUUUCUUUAUAGUUCCUUAUUAGUACUACUUAAUAGCUCGAACCCUUAUUAAUGAAAAAAGAUAAGUCAGCUUAAAAGUUACCUGAAAAACCAGUGCCUGGCGAGGAUCAUCCACACUCUAUUCCUACAUCUUGUCACCAACUUUCUCUCCAUGGACCAAUCAAAUGCUUCAUAGAGAUGCAUUUGGUUGGACUGUUUCACCAGCUCAGAGUGCAUGCGCGUACACAGAGAAUAUAAUGGGAGAGGAUUUUUGAAGAAAAGAAACUCAUUAAGCGUACGAGGGGUCCUUGUCUUUCCUCCUCUUUCGCUCUCCCUUCAAGUUAGUGGUAUCCGCCUAAGUCCAUCCUUGCAAGCGCGUUGUCUUGGCAUCAUACUUGAAUCUGGCCUCACCUUUGAGCCUCACAUCCAGUAUGUUGCCAAAUCUGGUAGAUUCCAUCUUCAGAACAUAGGCCGCACCCGCCCCUUUCUUACCCAAGAUGCUACCAAGGAGCUUGUCCAUGCUCUAGUAAUUUCCUGCAUGGAUUAUUGUAACACUCUCCUAAUUGGUCUUCCUAAAAGCCGUAAUGCCCCCCUACAGUCUGUAAUGAAUGCUGCCGUCAGAUUGAUUUUCCUCUCUAGUUGGUCGUCUCACACCUGACCCCUCUGUCAGUCCUUAAUUUGGCUUCCUGUAUCCUAUAGGAGUCAAUUCAAAGUGCUAACCCAUACCUAUAAAGCACUGAACAAUUUUAGCCCCUCUUAUAUUUCUUCACAGAUCUAUAGGUAUGCCCCUUCUGUCUCUCCAAUCUGCCCGUGACCUUCUCCUGUCCGCUGCUCGCACCCGUACAGCCAACUCAUGCUUGCAGGACUUCUCGUGGGCAGCUCCCUUCCUAUGGAAUAGCCUGCCUACCACCAUUAGACUCUUCCCUAGUCUUCAAUUGUUUAAGAAGUGCCUUAAAACCCAUCUCUUUAGGAAAGCUUAUGGCCUCCCAGAGUAGCUUCUACCUCACAUACUUGUCUCUUGUUCUCUCCUAAAGGGCAGCACUCUAAUCUCUCCAACAGCUCUGCCUCACUCCCACCUUAUUUGAUUGCUAUUUCCUGUCCUAAUGUGUUUUAUACCCCACCACUUCUAGACUGUAAGCUCGUUUGAGAAGGGUCCUCUUUAACCUAUCGUUCCUGUAAUUUUUCUUGUAAUUGUCCUCUUCAUAGUUAACCCCCUAAGACCGGAGGGCGUAUUAUUAUAGGCGGCUCUAAACGCCGCCGGGCGUAAUAGUACACCCUCCGGUCUUUCUUACCCGGUCGCCGGCGAUCCCAUGCAGGCGAUCGCGGUUCGGGGGACUCCCAGGGAGCCCCCCGCGGCAUGUCCGACCCCCUGGAAGCCCCCCGGCCAUGUGAGAGUGAGGUCAUUGCGAGGGGGUAGCUGCCUCCUGCAUUGCCAGCAGGGGGCUGCCUGUAAUGACAGGUGGUCCCCCUGCUGGCUGAAAAUAAAAAUAAAAUAAAAUUAUAAGUGUAAAAAAAAAUAAAAUUAUACUUAGAUCAUACACAUAUACAUACACACACAUAUACUGUCUAGGUGUAUUUUACUAUUAAUAUAUAUAUAUAUAUAUAUAUUAUCAAAUUACACGUAGACUGAUACUGAUUAAAUAUAUAUAUAUAUAAUUAUUGUUAUAUAUAUAUUUAUAUAUAAUAUAAAAAAAUUAAAUAUGUAAAUACGUUAAAAAAAUUAAAUAAAAAAAUAUAUAGAUGUGUUAUUUCGUUCUAACUGUAUUGUGAUAUUAGUAGAUAUAUAUUUAUAUCAAAAUACACGUAGAACGAAAUAAUAUAUAUAUCUACAUAAAAAUAUACAUAUAUCACUAUAUAUAAAUAAAAAUAUUUCAAAAAAUUAUAUAUAUAUAUAUAUAUAUAUAUAUAUAUAUACACAUAUAGAUUCACAUACAUAUAUAUAUACAUAUAUUAAUUCUACAUAUAUAUUUAUGUAAUAUUUUUACAUAAUUAGGUAUCUUAAUUAAUUACAAUUAGCGGGACCUGCCUGACAACCCAUGCCGAAAGUAAAGGGAAUUUAAUUUGCUAGCACUAUAUUUAACCCUAUAACGUUCCAAGACACCAUAAAACCUGUACAUGAGGGGUACUGUUGUACUCGGGAGACUUCGCUGAACACAAAUAUUAGUGUUUCAAAACAGUAAAAUGUAAUACAAAGAUGAUAUCGCCAGUAAAAGUGAUGUUUUUUGCAUUUUUCACGCACAAACGGCACUUACACGGACGAUAUUAUUGCUGCGAUACUUUUUGCUGUUUUGAAACACAAAUAUUUGUGUUCAGCGAAGUCUCCCGAGUACAACAGUACCCCUCAUGUACAGGUUUUAUGGUGUUUUCAAAAGUUACAGCGUCAAAUAUAAGGCUUGUGUUUAAUUUUUUUCACAUUAAAAUUCGCCAGAUUGGUUACGUUGCAUUUGAGACCCUAUGGUAGCCCAAGAAUGAAAAUUACCCCCAUGAUGGCAUACGAUUUGCAAUAGUAGACAACCCAAGGUAUUGCAAACAGGGUAUGUCCAGUCUUUUUUAGUAGCCACUUAGUCACAAACACUGGCCAAAAUUGGCGUUUUAUGCAUUUUCCACACACAAACAAAUACUAACGCUAACUUUGGCCAGUGUUUGUGACCAAAUGGCUACGAAAAAAGACUGGACAUACCCCAUUUGCAAUACCUUGGGUUGUCUACUAUUGCAAAUGGUAUGCCAUUAUGGGUGUAAAUUUAAUUCCUGGGCUACUAUAAAGUCCCAAAGGCAACGUAACCUAUCUGGCGAAUUUCAAUUUCAAAUGUAAUGUGCUAUAUUUGACCCUGUAGUUUCCCAAAACGCCAUAAAACCUGUACAUAGGGGGUACUGUUUUACACGUGAGACUUUGCUGAAUACAAAUAUGUGUAUUUUAUUGCAGUAAAAGCAAACAGUAUUAUGACAUUGACAGUUAAAAUGUCAUGUAGAACUAAAAAAAAAAAAAAUAUAUAUAUUUUCUCCCAUUUUUUUCAUAUUAAAUUAUGUUUCAUAGCUAAAUAUUUGAUAUUAAAUGAAAGCCCUGUUUCCACUGAAUAAAAUGAUAUAUAAUAAGGGUGGGUGCAUUUAAUAUGAAAGAGGUGAAUUACGGUUGGAAAGACAUGUAGCGCAAAUGCCAGGUUUUGUUUACAUUUUGUUUCGUUCACAACGUGUACAUUUGGCUCCGUCUUUAAGGGGAUAAAUCCCCCCUCUCAUAAUAUUGUAAAGCGCUACGGAAUCUGUUGGCGCUAUAUAAAUGGCAUUAAUAACAAUAAUAACCCAUUAAUUUUAGUGAAUAGCUUGUGAUUUUUAAAAUAUUGACAAUAGGAGCCACUCAAUUGAAGAAUUACACUUUUGUACUGAAGUGACACUGUAGUCUUUCUUAGAUUCACAGUUUUAUUGUUUAGAAAAUUCACAAAAAUGCAAUGCAAUAAAACAUACUCACUUUUCAAUUCCUUUUACUUUUGUUUUGAACAUUCUGGAUUAUCAACUUCAGCUGUUAGCUGUCCUCAGACUAGAAAUAACAUAGGUAUAGUUAAAACAUUUUAGCAAAUCCUGUCCCUUACAUUGUACGGAAGUAUACAAUGUACUGUUAUGGGAUAUGUAGUAUGACAGACUGCUGCAAUUUCAUUUAUGAAUAGGCAUAAAAGAACCAGCUCUACAAGGUGAUAAAAGUUGCGUCUUUACUUUUAUGAGAUUGUAGACUAGCUUCGUGCUUUUUUUUUUCCAUAAAUUAAGAUUCAGUCAACCAUGGCAAAAGUUUUUUUUUUUUUUUUUUACAUUUUUAUUAUUAUUAUAUUUGAGGGGUACUAUCAGAGAAAGUGUGGAGUGGAAGCACUGCAUGCUCUUUUGUAGUGUUUGAGCAGGUUGAUGUUUGAUGUUGAAAUUUCUACUGCAAAUUAUUUAUAUCCAAUAACCGCAGUUGUUAGCAACGCAGUACAAAGAGACGGAACAUAUUUGCCCCAAAGCUCUAACUAGAAACUUGGCAUGUGGUAGUACUUGAAAUUCUACAUCGUUUACCAUUUUCUUUAGUAUGGCUUAAAUAUAACAUGCCAGUGGAUGAUUCACAAUUUUAAGGCUGGCAAAGCAUCAUGUGAGAUGUACUUCUACAACACACAUCCACCAAUUGACCAUCUUAUUUUUAGAGAUCAUUAAAAUUUAGUUUUAUAACUUUUACAGUUCUAUGUUUCUAUUGUCCUCUUGGACUACACAUUAGGGAUAGCUAUAUACUUGGUAAUCUAAUGGCUUUUAAAGUUUGUUUGGUAGAAACAAUUCUCAUGUUUUUUAUAUUGUAAUACUAGUAUACAGAAUCAAUUGGAAGUAGCUUCAUGACAGAUAAUCAGCAAUUCUGCCACUGGGACAUAACAAAAUAUUUAUAUUCUGAUUUUAGAAAUAGCUGUCUAUAAGCAUACUGUGGACUAUUAGUUUUAGAACACCUCCACGCACUUGGAAUUAUUUUGACUGGCAUGCGUAGUUGACCUCUCUGGACUUACACACCGAAUUCCUGUCUUUCAAUGUGCUUCAGGAAAGUUGGCAGCUAAGAAAAGGUGUUGGUGAUCCUGGCGACGAUGUGGAAUAUGACGAGGAGAUCUAUCUGGCUGGAAACAUGGUGAUUUGGAGCAAGGGUAGUAGAACUCAGGCUGCAGCAGUAUAUAAGGCAUUUACUGUUGACAGCCCUGUUGUUCAGGUAAUUAUGAUUUUUUUUUCCCCUUGACUUUUUAAUACACACACACGUAUAAGAAGUUACAGUAGUAUAAAAAAAUGUGUAUGUAAACUCAUUACUGUUUGUUUAACCUCUUUGGAACAAAUGAUCUGCAGGAACUAUUUAACCUUUACCUAAACGAUGAGUGACAGUUUUAGCACAUUGAUGAAUAAAAAUCACAUCCGGCACGUCACCUGGUGAAUGUUGAUACGGAGUGUCAAUGCUGGAGCAAUCCUGAUCAGCCCCGUAAGUGAUUAUUCCAGGCAUGCAGUGACUCUUAAUGAAUCACAUACAGGAAACACUGCCGUGGCCUGGAAAAUUAGUUAUGGAGUUGUUACCGUGAUCAUUGGUGAGAGAAGGGCUUAGAGGUGAAAACAAUCAACAGUAGUUAUUAUAUGAAACAAAAGCCUUAAGGGCAAAUGUUUCUUUUACUGUCUUCACAAUCUGGUCUCUACUGGCUGCUAUAUAAGCAGAAUAUUCCACGUUGUUAUAGUCAAUUUAAAUGAUAUUUUAUAUAUAAAUAUAUUUAUUAUUAUUCAUGCAGCUCUGCACUCAAUCUACUGAUUGAGAAAAUGCCUGCUGCUCAGCAACAGAAAAUAUACCAUCGUGAAAAUGUUAACUGAACAUACAACUGAAACAUUGACUUGUUUGGAUUUCCUUAAGUAAAGAAGCUUUAUGGAACCCUAGAGUGCUGGCAUUUGUCUUCUAUGAUUAUAUAUAAAUUUUGUUGUAAAAAAAAAUAAAAUACAUUUCUAUUUAGAAAAUGAAUCUGACUGAACAUUCCUAAACAAAACCCAACUCUCAACCAGUGAGCGUCAUCAGGCCGCUUCCAUGAUUAGCACACCCGGAACUCGAUUAUUAGUUGUAACCGUUUCAAGAGUAGUGAAAAUAAACAUGUUUCCCAGUCACAGACCGGAGCCAGGAAUCCAGGAUCAGUGCAGUUCGCGACAUCUCUACUGAAGGACUGUGUUUGCGCGCUAAAUCACAGUGAAUUUGCAGAACAUUUCUAAAACAAUAAAUGAAAAGCAGAAUGGUUCUUAUUCAGGGAUAUUGUAUUUUUUAUGACUCCAAUGUAACAGAUGUGUUUUCUGUUUGCAGGCUGUCUGGUGUGAUUUUACCAUACUUGAUCGGACUGAAAAUGACAGUGGUAGGUUAAUGCAAAUUAGUGGAACUAGCAGAAUAUAUUCGUUCGUAAAAUAAAUAUUUGUUCUUUUGUAUUUUCUUUCCUUAUUGCUCAGAAAAUGUUUACAGAAAGUGUGAUAUGUGCCUGGAGUAGCCUGCCACUGGAAGUAAUUAAGUAAACCAUGGUAAAUGAUUAGAAAAAGGUUCCAGAGGUCCAAAUGGCUAUCCUGUAGGACAAAUACAUUUGCUUAUUGAAAACAUUGAGGUUACUAAAGAGGUACUGUCACCUCUGAGAUUUUAGCACAGCCGUAUAGGUAAAUCUAUACAGGGUUGUUGUUUGUUUUUCUUUAAGUAAUCAUUUUUAUUUGCUCACACCAGGCAACACAUAUGAAUUUGUUAGCUCCUUCAUUGCUGUACUUAUGGUGCAUGCAUGUGUGUAGCACUACUGGAGAAAAUCGAGUACGUAAGCUCAUAUGGAACUUUAAAUAUGGGUAUUUAAGGUGAAAAGCACAUAAAGGUCUCUUAGUGGAUCCAUAUAUUUUGGAGUUUAUUGUAAAAUAGAUUGAGGUGAUGUUAUAAGAUGGAGCCUUGUAUAUGUAGAUGGAUAUUUGUUUUAUAGUGAGUUUUAUCCCUCCAGAUAAAGUGGAAAAAUGUGUCUGUAUCCUGCAAGGCUCCUGUAUCAAUGUCCAUAACACUGAAGGAAAGGAUUACAUUGCACCUUUGCCUUUUCAGGUAAGCCACGGGCUGUAUUUUGCAUAGCUGAAUUUUGUACAACCUUCAAUAUUGCUCCCGAUCUCCGUAGAUCACUAAACAUUUUAGCAAUAAAAUGACAGUUUUAUGCCCAAUAAUGGAAUUCACUUGGUAAUUUUGUGGACUUGGAAGGUAAAAAGAAUCCACAUAAAAGUAAACUUUCUCUUACUUUUUUUCCAUAGUAAUCUAGAUAAAUGAUAAAUACUCAAGUCCACCGACUUCAACCUUUAAAACAAAUCUCUUUAUACCACAAAAAGAGGGGGGGUGGGGGGGAGUUCUUCCUGACUCCACAAUGGCAAUCAGAUUUCUCUCUGGGUCAACAAUCCAUUCAUGUUAUUCCUGAUAAAUAUGAUGUUUUAAAAAAAAAUAAAAAAAAAAUAUGUAUACACAUUAUAUAUAUAUAUAUAUAUAUAUAUAUAUAUCCAGGCCUUAUUUAAAAAUAUCUUCAGAAAUGAAUGUGUAAUUAUUUCACAAAAGUGUUGCACACAAGGGACAAAGACAAGUUUGUAACAGGCAUUCUUUGUUCCAUGCUAGCAGUGAUCAGAAGUAGAAAAAGUGUAAAAAAAAAAUGUGAUUUUACUCAUCUCUCUAGUUUUAAUUAAAAUGUGACUUGUACUAGACCAGGAGUGCCCAAAAGGUAGAACCCCAGAUGUUGAAGAACUACAAUCCCCAUAAAGCUUUGUUAGUUUUUAGAUUCUAAAGACUAACAUGCAUUGUGGGCGUUGUAGUUCCUCAACAUCUGAAGAUCUACCUUUUGAGCACCCCUGCACUAGACCAUGUUAUCUCUCCUUUCUAUAUAGUGCAUGUAUGUUCAUUAAUGUCUGAAUUGUAGUGAACUGAAAUUCAAAUGGCAAUUCUUGGAGAGAAAAACAAAGCAAAAUACCUCCACAAUAGUUGCAGCUUAGCCACUUUAGCUACUAGUUUAGCUGGCAUUACGUUAUUGGGAUUUCAGUUCACUAUAAUUUAAACAUUAGUAAAUGACCCUGCAGAUAACCAAAUACCUCUCCAUCUAGGAAGGAGAAGUAACAUGGUUUAGUAAAAUUUUCAUGUGGGAGCAAAACCUUAAUUUUACUCGCUGCUACCUUUUUAACAGCAUGGUAAAGUAUAAGGUAAAUUCACGUUCAGUCUAUGCAGUUUGUGUGUUUUGUAGGAUGUGUGUGCAUGUUCCUUUUCUCCUUUGCAAUUCAGUAAGAAGGAAAACUAGCAUUCACACAUUUUAAAUGUUAUAUUCUUUUUUUUGUUUUAUAGGUAGCCAAUGUUUGGCCCACAAAAUAUGGCUUAUUGUUUGAACGCAACAGUUAUACUCCUGAGGUUCCACAAAGUCCUCCACGGUGAGCACUAUGUUUUUUCCUUUUGAUAUUUACAAUCUUAAAUUCUGAAAUUCUAAACAAUAUUAUAGGAUUAUGAAACAUGCAUCACAGUUUUUUUUUCUAAUCUCAUUGUAUGAAACUCUGGCCUGUCAUGGAUAUGUCACUUCAGGUUUUAUCAUCAUGCUCCUCGGCAUAGAAUUGGAAAUCCAUAAAUCAUGACUCUUUGGACAUGCUUGUGGGUUCGUAUGGGGUCCACAAUUACAUCUAGACCCAGAAGUUCUUAAAGGAUCACUAUAGUGUCAGGAAAACAAAGCGGUUUUCCUGACACUAUAGUACCCUAAGGGUGCCCCCUCCCUCAGGGUUCCCCUCCCGUGGCGCUGAAAGGGUUAAAACCCCUUCAGCAGCUUACCUUUAUCCAGCGCUGGGCUUCCUCUGCGCUGGUGACCUCUCCUCCCCCGCCGACGUCAGCUCCCGAGUGGAGCUUAACGCGCAUUCAAACAGUCCAUAGGAAAGCUUUUUUUAAUGCUUUCCUAUGGACGUUCUGCACGCUGGAUGCGCCUCUAGCGGCUGUCAGGAAGACAGCCACUAGAGGUUGGAUUAACCCUGCUAUGUAAAUAUAGCAGUUUCUCUGGCCUGGCACCUGGACCACUUCAUUGACCUGGCACCCAGACCACUUCAUUUAAUUAGAAACUGGUACAUUAGCGGACUUCGACGAUUGCUUUGAGAAGUAAGCAACACAAGAGGUUCUCAAUAGAAUCAAGGAAGUGCAUCUGAUGGAUGAUUUAACAGCCCGAAUAAGGGAUACCCACCAGUCCUUUCAGAGGAUCUGGGAGCCGUGGGAGAGUUCCCCACUAGGAAUGUAGCGUGAGGAGUGGAAUGUGGCCCCUCUCCCCCUGCCGCCCCCUCCCUUUUUUUACUUCCUUUCCCUACCAACCUGUCACCCUACUUUUCUAUCUUUCUGUCUCCUCCACACCAAUUGCUUCGUUACCUUGCCUCCAUGGAGCGCAAUGGUCAGAAAUGGGGAAUUGAUGUCUCCCGCUGACUCUACCGCAGAGACACUUGUAAUUCUUCUCUAGAACGAGAUAGGGAUAGCCCGUUAGCAGAAGAGAAUGCCAUAACAUAGACAAAAGGGUGGCCACGGUCAUAUGGGAAGGACCACUUAUGGGGCAUAGCCAACUAUUGAGCUGUCCUGCUGGAGGGAAUUGGUGGGAGGGAGAGAUACCGAUGGAGGGCCCAUGGUCCGGGCGGAGCAGAAUGGCUUACGUUUCGGGAGUUGGAGACAAACUUGUUCUUUUCUGUCUGUUUAUAUCGUGUUUGGUUAAAAUAAGAAAACUGGCAUUGGCAAGGAAAGCGAGAGAGGGAGAACCGGGGGACACAUGUGCAGUUCACGGACUCGGAGCUAUGCACAGUGGGGUAUAGGAGAGGAGAGGCGGUCCGCCCUAGUGUGGAUAGUGGGUUUGGCAUGGGAUGUGCAUGUGAUAUUUGUAACGGAUGUGAUUGUUACCUCUGAAAGUCAGCAUGUUAUGUCAAUGCUAACAGUUAAAUAAAGAAUUGAAAAAAAAAAAAAAAGUAAGCAACUGUUUCUAUUAACUUGGUCACCACCAGCUUGUUUUUUGUGUGUCCGCUAUUGAACACUAGUAGUGUUUUUAACGUAAAUAAACAUGACAAUAAACUCUUAUAUUUCAGAGAAGCUUUGCCGACCAUGUUUAGCAUGUUGCAUCCUUUAGAUGAGAUAACCCCCCUGGUUUGCAGAUCUGGAGGUCAGUGUGGAUUUCUAUUUUGGUUUUUAUUAUGAAAUCUGUCUUUCUUUAUGCAGCCAUAUUAUUUGCUUGAUGUUAACCCUUUAGAGCUUUCUACAAUCCUGAGAGCCAGAAAGUAAAUUUUUCAUGUUUUGUCUAUCUUUUUUUGUCUUCUUGCAGGUAUAUUUGGCAGCUCACGAGUGCAAUAUGUGUCAGAUAACACCAUGAGAAUUGUAUUCACUAGUACUGAACCUUCCAUUGUAAUGACAUAUGAUACAGUACAAGGAUCUCACACUGUUUGGGCUCUCCGGAAAGUAAAGCCAGAGGUAAGAGAAAAUAAAUGUAAAUAAAAAUAUAUUCAGCAUAAUUCAUUGUUUGUAAAGCAGUUGGUAGUGUUACCUCUAAUCAAUAAAGUAAGUCAAUUAACAGGCAUACUUAAGUGUUGGAGACCACAGUGAAAUACAUUGCAGACUUUUUGCAUUGUCAGAAACCAUUGUAGUGUGGAAUAGGACAGUGGUUCCCAACUCAGUCCUCAAGUACCCCUUAACAGUCUAGGAUUUACGGAUUACCCAGUUGUGUCUAAGGUGUUUUUAGAAGAAAGAUAAAAAAAACAACACUUUAGACACAACAGGGUAAUCUCUAAAUACUGGACUGGUAGGGGGUACAUGAGGACUGGGUUGGGAACUCCUGGAAUAGAAGAAUGCACAGGUGUACUUAUAAUGUUCCUGCAUUGUCUAUUAAAAUGUGUUAUUUUAUAUAUUUGCAAGUAUUGUGUUCCAUUAGUCUAAUCCUAUUGUUAGAAAAUUUAGAGGAUGAAUGUAAAAAUAUUUAAUAAUACCUCAUACAUUACAUAACACCUUAUAACUUUUCCACGUCGGACUAGUAUUUUUUUUUAUUUUAUUUUUUUAUUUAUUUUUUUACACUUUUAAUACUUUGUGAUAUUUUUUCAGGUACCAGUGUGCUUAUUAAAUAUGAAUGGGUCCAUUAUGUACAUUUGUGUGAACAGAUUAAAUAGCUGCAUUUAUGUCUGAUUUACGCAGGAACAAAAUUCUGUUUUGAAGUAUCCUGACCAACUCGGCACUCCACAACAUGGGAUGAUUAACAGUUCUCUGGCAGCUCACCUGAGGAGCGUGUCUAAAGCAGAUUCUCCUACAGUGUCUCCAUUCCAGAAUUACUCUUCCCUCCACAGCCAGAGUCGCUCAGUGUCUUCACCAAGCAUUCAGUCCCGUUCCCACUCUCCAUCUAUUUCCAACAUGGCUGCAUUAAGGUGAGGCGACAAUCGAUUAUUGUGCUAUGUUUUCUAAAAAUAAAUGUCAUUUGUUAAUCUAUGAACAUAAAAGCUCACAGGCUGUCACAUCCAUCCAAGUUUGGAUGGUGUAGCGGAACGCCAAUAUAAAAUCCACGAAUUCCGCUGGUCCAGAACGAAUCCACAGUCAAGCGCUGAAAACACCAAGGCAAUAUCCCCAACCUCCCAAUAACCGGACGAGACACAGUUUUGGGAGUCAACUGACAAUCCUUUAUUCAGCACGACAAUUUAUACAAGUCCCCAUGCAAGGGGUCUCCUGAGUCCCUUCCCAGGGGCACUCCCAGAGGGGACUACAUGGGGGACUUACAGUAUAACAUAUUUCUCCCAUCAGGCACUGCUGCACGAGAGGGAUCAUCCUCCCAGAAUGCACCGUUAAGGGGAUUAUCCCCUCGUGCAGCAGAACCGGCAAUCCAUAUAAAAAUACAUAACUUUUAAAAUACACGGUGGAUUUACACGAAUGGACGUUCGGUAGAUAGCUGGGGUCUGGGCGCAUCAUUCGUGAGAUUGCCGCUCAGAUCCCAGCCAAAUUAACCGAACGCCGCACAGAAAACACAUUUCUUACAAAACCCACAAAAGGAACCGAUUGCUUUGGGUGAACCUGGUCCUGAAACUCCCGAACGUCUGGGAGGCUCAGCGGUGUUCGUGCCGUCGAAUAACUAUUGGUAGUAGUAUGCGUUCGACGACACGGACCCGCUGACGAACAAGGGUUCCAAGAUGGCCGACCGCCGCAUGGUCGGUAGUCGAACGACGGCCACCCAGGAGAGCCUCUAAUAACCGAUUGCAACAAUGUUGCAAUCGGUUAACUAGCGCCACACGCCUCUAAGUGUGUGGGCUAUUAGGGGGUAUCGCGUUCGGUUCACGAACGGCUUUCUAAAGUGCCGUUCGUGAAACGAAAGAAAAUCCCCAUACAAAACCGCCAAUUGCAUUCGGCGGAAACAGUAUUACAGGUAACACGGAAAAUACAUUCACAUCUACAUAGGUGUACAGCGCAUAUCUCGCCCGACCUAGUGGCAACCCUUAAAGGCACAGUCUCUAGUUAUUGUCCAAGUGGCUAGGUUUGCCACAAUGCUCCCCCAGAACCAAGCCGGCAUACACAGCCUGAUCCCAACGGAUCGGCUUGGGGAUGUCCGGGGGAGUGCUCACAGAUCACUUCUCAAGGUCUGUUUGUCUGGACAACCCGUCGGCAUUACCGUUUUGUUUCCCUGGGCGGUAGUGUAUUGUAAAGUCAAAGGGCUGCAGCGCCAAACUCCAGCGCAGCAGCCUGGCAUUGUCUCCCGCCACACGGUUUAGCCACACCAACGGGUUGUGAUCUGUGAGCAAAGAAAAGGGUUGCCCAUAGAGAUACGGCUGUAACUUUUUCAGGGCCCACACCACGGCCAGGCAUUCCUUCUCUAUGGCGGCGUAGCUCACUUCUCGGGGUAGCAGCUUCCGACUCAAGUAGGCUACGGGGUGUUCUCCGCCAUCGACUCCGACCUGGCUCAGUACUGCUCCCAAUCCAAACAUUGAGGCGUCUGUGUGAACAAGAAAACGUUUAGUUGGAUCAGGAGCAGCCAGUACAGGGGCAUUGGUCAGAGCCGUCUUCAGCUGGUUGAAUGCCUGUUCACACUCUGGGGCCCAGACGACCUGCCGGGGCAGGUUUUUCUUCGUCAAAUCCGUCAGGGGUUUGGCCAGGGCACUGUAGUUGGGUACAAAUUUUCUGUAAUACCCUGCGGUACCUAGGAAAGCUAGGACUUGGGUUUUGGUCCUAGGGGUAGGCCACUGGGCUACAGCUUCAAUCUUUGCGGGCUCAGGCUUCUGCUGCCCGCUACCAACCCGGUGUCCUAAGUACUGGACCUCUGCCAUCCCUAUGUGGCAUUUGCUGGGUUUCAAGGUAAGCCCUGCCUCUCGAAUCCGGUCUAUUACUGCCCCUAUGUGUUGUAGGUGUUCUGCCCAGGUCUGACUGUAGAUGGCAAUAUCGUCCAGAUAUGCACACGCAUAGUCCUGGAACCCGUCCAGUAGCCGAUCCACCAUCCGCUGGAAUGUCGCGGGGGCGUUCUUCAUCCCGAAUGGCAUGACUCGAAAUUGGUACAAGCCAAACGGGGUGACAAACGCCGACUUAGGAAUGGCGUCCUCGGCUAGUGGAAUUUGCCAGUAUCCCUUACACAAAUCUAUGGUAGUGAGAUACUGACCCCUGGCCAUCCUAUCCAGCAGUUCGUCUAUCCGAGGCAUCGGGUAGGCGUCCGACACAGUUUUGUCGUUCAACCUCCGGUAGUCCACACAGAACCGGGUGGUACCAUCUUUCUUGGGAACCAGGACUACCGGCGAUGCCCAGGGGCUAUCUGAGUGUUCAAUAACCCCCAACUGCAACAUCUCUUCAAUUUCCUUCCGCAUAUGUUCCCGCACGGAUUCAGGAAUCCGAUAUGGAGUCUGUCGCAUGGGGAGCUGUCCCGGGGUUUCUACUCGGUGGGUGGCUAGUGGAGUGUACCCAGGUAGAUUAGAAAAGGUAGCGCUCUUUGCUGCUAUCAGUUCUUGUACCUGAAUACGCUCUUGAGGACUUAGCCGCUCCCCCAGUUGAACCCCCUGGGAGGGUUCCUUCUGCUCCUCCUGCUCUAACAGAUCGGGAAGGGGCAGGUUCUCCUGAUCUUCGGAGGUGGGCGUGCAAAUAGCUGCCACGUCCUCCGUCCGCUCGUGGUAGGGUUUGAGCAUGUUCACAUGGAGCAUGCGUCUCUUCCCUACUCCGGAGCAUGGGCCGAUCACAUAGGUGGUAUCGCAUCUCUGCUCUACCACCUGGUAUGGGCCUUGCCAGACGGCCUGCAGUUUAUCGGUGCGGACAGGUUUAAGGAUUAGCACCUUCUGUCCCACUUGAAAACUACGGUCUCUGGCCCCUCUGUCAUACCAACGACGCUACCGUUGUUGGGCGGCCUGGAGGUUGGUGCGCACCGCCUGGGUCAAUUCCUCCAGGCGAUCCCGGAACACCAGCACGUAUGGUACAAUAGGGGUCCCAUCUGCGCUACUCUCUCCCUCCCAAUGCUCUCUAAUGAGAUCCAACGGCCCCCGGACCCUUCUCCCAAACAAUAGUUCAAAGGGGGAAAAACCCGUAGACUCUUGGGGCACCUCUCUGUAUGCAAACAACAGAUGGGGAAGGAAUCGUUCCCAGUCCUUAUGGGUCUCUCCGAAGGUCCGAAGCAUCUGUUUUAGGGUACCGUUGAAUCUCUCACAUAAUCCAUUGGAUUGCGGGUGGUACGCGGAGUUAAUGAUCGGCUUUAUGCCACAUAUCCUCCAUAACUGCUGAGUAACCUCAGCCGUAAAUUGGGUCCCCCUAUCUGAGACCAUUUCCUGUGGGAACCCUACUCGGGAGAAGAUUUUCAUCAAGGCUUCGGCUACGGUCUCCGCGUGGAUAUUAGUUAGGGCAAUCGCCUCGGGGUACCGGGUGGCGUAAUCCACCACGGUCAGGAUAUACCGUUUCCCAGAGGGGCUGGGCUUUGGUAGUGGUCCUACUAUAUCUACUGCUACCCGGCUGAACGGUUCCUCAAUUAUGGGGAGGGGACAUAGUUUUGCCUUAUGGCGAUCCCCCCUUUUGCCUACCCUCUGGCACACAUCACAGGAGGUACAAUAUUGCCUUACGUCUUUGGAAAUCCCGGGCCAAAAGAAUGCGUGCGUUAAGCGAUAUCGGGUCCGGGUCAUCCCUAGAUGGCCGGACAGAGGGAUGUCAUGGGCGAUUCUUAGUAACUCCUGCCUAUAUUUCUGGGGUACUACUAGCUGCUUGGUUUGGAGCGUCACAGAGCUGCCUAUGGCCCGUUCCGCCACCCGGUACAGUAACUUCUUUUCCCAUACGUACCGUUCUCCCUCCCGCCCCACCUGGUCCGUGUCUACCCUAUCUCGGUACACCUGCAGUGUGGGGUCUGUCUGAACCUCAGCUUCAAAUGUGGUCGGGGUGUCCCAAGUCAUGUCGGUCAAGGGGGGGUCAUGGUGUCUUACCUGAGCCUCAGAGUGUGCGGGGAAUGCCGUGGUGCGAGCCUGUUGCCGGGUGGUUACCGGAUGCGCCUCUUGGGAAGGGGCCUGGGGAAGGAACGCAGAAGUCAUCGGGCCCAAGUCAUUCCCCAAAACAACAUCGGCCGGUAGUUUCUUCAUUAUGGCCACCUCUACAACCCCCUCCCCAGCACCCCAGUUCAAAUGCACUUUGGCCGUGGGUAACCGGUACAUAGCUCCCCCUGCUACCCGGACUGCCACUGAUCCGCCAGUGUGGGCCGUAUCUGGGAUUAAAUGAGGGGCCACUAAGGUCAAGGUGGCUCCCGAGUCCCGCAGCCCCUGCACUUCUUUCCCUCCCACAAAUACAACUUGGCGGUGAUGCUGCCGGUUGUCCGUGGCUUGCACAGACAUCACCUCGUACAGAACCCCCAAUGGUUCUUCGGUUGAUAGACUUGUCAGCUCCGAGUGGUCAGGUUCGGUGUGGUAGAAAUGGGCCACUGCCCUUGGCGCGGAGUUUUGCCGUACUUGGUUCCACGCCUGCCUGCUCCGACUCUGGGUGCACUCCCGGGACAUAUGCCCCCACUGCCGGCAGGUAUGGCAUUGUAUGUUGGCCCUGCCAUUGUAGCGUGAUGGCGGUGGGGGGUUUCCUGAUGGUGGCCGGAAUGGAGUAGCGUUGGCGGGUGUGGAGAUGGUUGGGUGGUGUGGUACAGCUUGUCUCAGGGGAGCCCUGUUGGGAAGCCCAUGAUGCCUUCGGGCGUCAAAAUGCUGAUCCGCCAACCGGGCGGCUUCGGUUAGGGUGAGGGGUUUCCUGUCCCUUACCCAUUCUUGUGCCUCAGGUGACAGUCCGUUAAAAAAUUGCUCCAGCAAGAUGAGCUGGCGCAGUUCCUCCAUUGUGGUAGCUUGGCUCGCCUGAAUCCAUCCUUGCGACGCUUGGUCGAGCUUAUGUGCCCACUCAGCGUGGGAAUCUUUCUCGGGCUUCCUCAAUCCUCGAAAUUUACGCCGGUAUGCCUCCGGGGUUAUGGCAUACCUCUCCAGAAUUGCCCUCUUAACUUUAAAAUAGUCCUUGCUAUCUUCUCUGGGCACAGCGCGAUACGCCUCGGCUGCUCGUCCUGCCAACUUGCCUGCCAGUAGGGGUACCCACAUAGCCUGUUCUAGAUCAUGUAGGUCGCACAACCGCUCAAAAUCCUGCAGGUAUCCGUCAAUCUCGUCUUUCUCCUCGCAGAAUGCUUUAAAUGCCUGGUAAGGUAUUUUCUGCUUCACUGGAGCGCAGAAUGGAUUGGCGAUGGAUUCUGCCCUGGAUGGUGACCUCUGGUGUUGCUGUGCCAUAAUAUAAUCCUGGACGUCCGCCAUCAGUAUAGUUAAGAUGUCCAGGGUUACUGGCUGGGGUACAAAUUCCAGCCGGGUUCUCAGUUCCCUCUGGUAUGGUGUUUCCUCUCUGGCAGGUGGGGGUGGACUGCUGUGCGCUUGGUCGCCCUCCAUUAGCUCUGCAAUCAGUACUGCUUUCGAUUUAUUGCUAGCGCUUUUCCCUCUAGCCUCCAGCAGCUCCUUUAGCGUCUGUCUCUUUAACGCCGUGUAAUCAGUCCCCAUUCACUGAUCGCUUUCGUCUGCUUGUUUCAUACGAAUUGCCUUUCCGUUCGGUAGUUCCUUUCAUUCGAAUGCGCUGUAUUCGGCUGUAGAGUUGGAUCCCGUCGCUUGCCACCAAUUGUAGCGGAACGCCAAUAUAAAAUCCACGAAUUCCGCUGGUCCAGAACGAAUCCACAGUCAAGCGCUGAAAACACCAAGGCAAUAUCCCCAACCUCCCAAUAACCGGACGAGACACAGUUUUGGGAGUCAACUGACAAUCCUUUAUUCAGCACGACAAUUUAUACAAGUCCCCAUGCAAGGGGUCUCCUGAGUCCCUUCCCAGGGGCACUCCCAGAGGGGACUACAUGGGGGACUUACAGUAUAACAUAUUUCUCCCAUCAGGCACUGCUGCACGAGAGGGAUCAUCCUCCCAGAAUGCACCGUUAAGGGGAUUAUCCCCUCGUGCAGCAGAACCGGCAAUCCAUAUAAAAAUACAUAACUUUUAAAAUACACGGUGGAUUUACACGAAUGGACGUUCGGUAGAUAGCUGGGGUCUGGGCGCAUCAUUCGUGAGAUUGCCGCUCAGAUCCCAGCCAAAUUAACCGAACGCCGCACAGAAAACACAUUUCUUACAAAACCCACAAAAGGAACCGAUUGCUUUGGGUGAACCUGGUCCUGAAACUCCCGAACGUCUGGGAGGCUCAGCGGUGUUCGUGCCGUCGAAUAACUAUUGGUAGUAGUAUGCGUUCGACGACACGGACCCGCUGACGAACAAGGGAUCCAAGAUGGCCGACCGCCGCAUGGUCGGUAGUCGAACGACGGCCACCCAGGAGAGCCUCUAAUAACCGAUUGCAACAAUGUUGCAAUCGGUUAACUAGCGCCACACGCCUCUAAGUGUGUGGGCUAUUAGGGGGUAUCGCGUUCGGUUCACGAACGGCUUUCUAAAGUGCCGUUCGUGAAAACGAAAGAAAAUCCCCAUACAAAACCGCCAAUUGCAUUCGGCGGAAACAGUAUUACAGGUAACACGGAAAAUACAUUCACAUCUACAUAGGUGUACAGCGCAUAUCUCGCCCGACCUAGUGGCAACCCUUAAAGGCACAGUCUCUAGUUAUUGUCCAAGUGGCUAGGUUUGCCACAGAUGGCUUUGUACCAUUAAUGCAAAGUGAAACAUCCACCUUGUCUGGGUGAUAAGAGAUGGUCCAGACUAGUGUUUAGAUUUCUGUCAGUUUCCCACCCCCCUACUUUUUUGUUUUAAAUUCAAUUAAUCCGCACAAUCCAGAAGCAUUAAGGACAAGGGUUUGCUGUGCAAAUCAAACUCAUCUCGUAGAGGAGCAUUAAAGGGACACUCCAGGCACCCAGACCACUUCUGCCCAUUGGAGUGGUCUGGGUGCCAAAUCCAAUCACCCUUAACCCUGCAAGUGUAAUUAUUACAGUUUUUAUAAACUGCAAUAAUUACUUUGUAGGGUUAAGUCCUCCUCUAGUGGCUGUCUAUCAAAUAGCCACUAGAGGGACUUCCGGGUUCUUAAAACACAAAAAGUGCUAUGCAUGAGGAUGGGGACGGAAUCCCCAUUGAAUAAUGCUUUCUUAUGGGGAGGUCUAAUGCGCGCCUUUAGUAAUCCUUUAAGAACACAAAUGGCAAAAUCAGUCCUCUGCUUUUUAAAAUUUAUUUAUUUUAGUGCAAUCUGCUUAUUUUGAAAAUCAAAUGGCUUGUUUCUCUAAAUCUUUCUUGUUUACUUAUUUUCAGCCGGUCUCAUUCACCUGCCUUAGGGGUGCAUUCAUUUUCAGGGGUACAGAGAUUCAAUUUCUCCAGUUACAGCCCUUCGCCAAAGAGACUUGGUGCUUCUCAUUCUCCCAACAGUACAUCUAGUGACUUUCUUUGUACAGAGACAGAACCUAUUGUACCAGAGCUCUGCAUUGACCAUCUUUGGACUGAGACUGUCACACACACCAGGUAGGAAAUGCAGUGCAAAGAAUAUACUAGAUCGUGUACCCAUGUAUGUUAGCAGGUUUGAAAAACAAGAUAGUUUUUCCUUACGGUAAUAAGCUCGUUUUUAGAACUCUUCCUCCGCUGUAAUAAGACUUAUUAGACUUAUUUUUUUUUACAUUCUUUAUUUAAAUGUGUUUUGUAAGCUUGUAUGCUACAGACUAUUUUUCUAGAGAAAUUAAUGUUGUUGGGUGAAAGCAGGAAAGCCAAAGAUUUGUUUGCUGCUCAGAUGAAAGCAGGAGUCGUUGACAAAUGAACAGAUCAUUUAUUUUAACUUAAGGGGUUGUUCCAACAUCAGGACCACUCCUGCUUUUAGAAGUGGUGGUUGUUGUAGGAGUCUGUAAUGGCAAUGUUUCUGCUUAAAAUGCUGCACAUUCAGUUUUGUGCUGGAGGCUAUUUUCACCCUUGUGAAUGUGAUGUACGCGUUGGUAACAGACUUGAGAAGUCUUGCUCUCCCCUCCCGCCUAAAAAUAAAUAAAUAAAAAUCUACGAGAAACAUUUUGAUUGGGCCACGGAGAGGAAGGUAGUGAAGCGGCAAGACAUCAGACGGGCUGAAUUUUAUGUAAUGUUUUUAUUUAUAGCAAUCUAUCAAGUAUUAUUGCCAUCUAUAAACUAGUGUACAAUAGGGCACUUUGAAGAAAAUUAAGCAAAGAUAGGAAAAUGGUUAGAGUAACCCUUUAAUAACAUUUCUUUUAACUUAAUUAAAUGUACAGAUUCUUUUAAAAAUAACAAAAGGUACAAUCCUUCUGCAUCCCAAUCAUAAUUAUUAUUGUUGUUUAUAUAAUGCCAACGUAUUUUGCAGCUUGUUACAUUACAGAAUUUUAGAGGUGAUGAAGGCCCUGCUCAAACAAGCCUACAGUCUGAGGAUUUUAGGUGGGCAGAUAUAUUUGACUAUAGGUGUAUUGCCCAGUGACAUUACCCCUGCUCUAACCAGCUGAUCUAUAUCUGGCUCAUUUGUGGUUUAUAAAUAUUUUUGGAGGGGGCGGGGCCUGACCGCAGAGGCGAACGGUCGCAGGAUAGAGUUGCUCCUGCUCUGCUUGCCAGAAAACACGCCAAAUCAGACCAAUAACGGCGGAUAGCUGACAUAAAAGUGCCACAUGCGGAGAGGUGACCCCAUGGGGCACCAGCAGACACCAAAUGAACGACCCAACUGGCAAGACACAGAGGAGGGACACCUGCGGCCUACAAGCAAGGGCAGCAUGGGGGAGGCGGACGCUCCCCCGCAGCCCUCCAAACCUGGCAACGGGCACAUAAGCCCUCGUUCCCCCCCCCAUGGACCGGCGGGGGUUAUCUCGGUCCCAGGAGCGCCCAUCCGAGACAAGGGACGGCGCAGGCAGACCGAGCUAGCGAAUAUCAAAAUGGCGGCAACAGCAAAUGGACGACCCGACACAUUUCCCAGGGAUGACACAGAGGCAAGGCUGAAUGCCAUCUUUGAAGCCUUCUGGGAAAAACUAGACACAUAUCAAGCCCUAAAGCGAGUCCCAAAAGAGCAAAAGCCGACACUGCCACCCGCACGCUCCUGCCUUCAAAGCAAUUCUCACAGAGAAAAGAAAGCAAGAACUGGGCGCCAACACAAAAGCGAAGGCCUGCCAAUAAAACAGACCAAGCCGAGGACACAAGCAGACACCGGCCUUGCACGCAAGCAUAUGCCGGCCACAAGACAGAGCGAGAGGCCUACCCCGCAAAGUACACCCAACGCUUCCGACGGCAAUACCCGCAAGACGGUUCAUAACCCAACUACCGUAAAACGCUGUAAACCGUGGGACCAACUGGGGAGGCGAAGAGUGGCUCGACACCCAGCCAGCCGAUACCGCGGAGCGACGAGAUGCACAACGAGACCCCAGCGAGCAACCCAGCAAAGGUCACAACUACAGCCGGAAAAGUGGAAAGGGACUCCUGCAAAAGCGAUCAAGGAACCAACCUACCUGCCAGUACCUAGGAGCUUUGCCAUGCAGGACUACCACUCAUACCUGGACUGUACCCAGUACCCGAUAGGUAUCGGCUGAACUACUCUGGGCACCCUGCAGGCAAACCAACCAACACUCUCUCGUGGUUAAUUGCUUGUCGCCUGGACUGAUUCCGAAACACAGCAUCUUAACACCUGCCACCUGACACCCAUCUGAAAUUGAUUAACAGCAACAGUAUGAUAAGCUUAACCUUCAGCGUAGCACACACCUAUUGUUUAAAGGGGAGACUUGCCUUCACACUACAGGGUUAAUUAAUGAAGCACUUGAUAGCCUCCCUUGUUUCAUAAUAUCGCCUAUAUAUGGCACGUAGCCAAUAAGCACAUACACUCAGCCUGUUACUACUACACUUUAGUGCAGACAGUAAACUAAUCAUAUGUUAUCCACCCUUGUAUAAUAGCUAGAACUAGCCUGAAUCAAUCAUUCAUACGUUAUUCUAUGUCACUCAAAACUAGCUAACUUGAAACACUAGCGAGGUUAUUUUCUGUUCUGAUUGUUAAAAUAAGCUACCUUUUCAUUCUAUAUUAAUGACUUCACUGUUUAGCCAAGCUGAUGAUUGUUACAAUUAUACAAAAAUGUGCAAUUCCUCAUGCCACUGUUCCAUUUAAGUACAUUCUUAGACACGCUGUUGUGGCGUAUGUCACUGCUAUGUAUAACAUGCACAAUAAAAAUAAAUAUUUUUGGAACCAAUAAAGGUCAGUCCUAUUGUGAUAUGUAGCAGUUAAAUUGACACUCAACUUCCCAAAUAAAAUAAAAAUUAAAUUCACUAUUUAGUAAAUAUGCUCACACUGAAAACAUGCAUGCAUUUUAUUAUCAUUGAGGCUAUAUCUAAAAACAGCUUGCAAAAACGGCAGAUCUCUUGUCUCAAGCCUUUUUUCAAGUACUCAUCUUCUAACCCAGCCCAGACUUCUUCGGCUUUCCAAUCAGACUUCCCAACACUGCUCAAAGAGAUGACUUUAAAAGUGCUCUGAGCAAUUGCCGCCGUCUUGAGUUUGGCCUCACUGAGCUAAACUACCAGGAAGUAACAGGACAGGUUGUCUGAUAGUUGGAGAUGUAUAAGAAGGCUAAUUUAUAAAAGUGCCAAUUUCUGUUUAAAUCGGUAUUAAAUAAAAAAAAAUAAAAAAAUAGGAUAAAAUAUUCACACACAGGGUUCUGGAGUGUCUGUUAAAGUUGCAAGGGCCAACGACCCAUCAAUACUGCAAUAUGCAGCAUUUUGUUCCUUGUUUUUUUUAUAAAAUAUAUUUCACAAUUCAACAUUAUAACCUAAAUAUGCGUGUAUAUAUAGUUACUUGUGCUGUUUUUGACGUUGUCGGUUUAAAGGUUGGACUACCAGCCAGAAUAUAGACACUGUUGGUUUUAUUUUGCAUUGCAGGAGGAAAUCUCAAAAUGAAAAUUCUUUACAAAUACCCACGAUUGGGGUGUUGUCCAAUUUUGGUUAUGUUUUUUGUUAAGUCUAGUAUACGUUCUACCAUUGCAGUUUGUCGUCCUAUGCCGUUGUAUGUCCUUGUACUGUGCUGCUGUAUAUCCUUCCCUCCCGAUAUGAUUGACUGCAGAGGAUGAUAACAUAUUUAUUCCCAAACUAAAAUUGCUGCUUUGUCAUAAUUUCUUCUUUUUUUUUUAAUAUAUCUUCUGCUAAAAAAGACAUUGCAGUGGUUGAAAACAUGCAAUUUAGAGCAAUUGGGAAUUUAUUCACAUAAUGAAUUGCAGCAAAUUGAAAAUUGGAUUGCAAUAUUUACUAAAAAAAAAAAGGUUGGUUAUUUUAGCCAGUUUUCAGUUUAAUUGGGUGUUUAGUGAAUAGACCCUGUGACCCAACGAGGUUGAUGAGUGAUUUCUAGUUUUUAGAGGGUAAACCAUCACAAUUUAAAGAGAGUUUAGUACAUUAACAACUGCAGAACCUCCCUGUGUUUAAUUUAUAGUGUCUUUCUAUUUCCUAUCAAAAGAGAAAAGAACUCUCAGGCAACGAAAGUAUUUAUUACAACGGAUCUAUGCGGCCAGAAAUUUUUGUGCUUCCUAGUAGAAUCCCAGCACCAACUACGGUAAGCAUUGGCCUGAGUAAUCCUACUGAUUUACUAUAUUACUCAGUAAUUAUAUUUUUAGACGAUAUUAUGUCUAAAGUAACUUUGUUCCCUUUUAGUUUUCCCAGCCCUCACAUUCUGGUUUUUUAUACUUCAAAACUAUUCAGCUUCACACGGACACCAUGACGAAAUAAACAAGUUUAUGUCCUUUAAUUAAAUUUUUAACUGAAAUGUAUGGAGUUCUCAAUGAAGGACAACUUUAGUAAAAUGUUUUAAAAUAUUUGAUUGUAUCUUGUCUUGCUCAAUCACAUUGUAAUACUUAAUAAAUGUUAAAUGUUAAAUGCGGAAAAAAAGAUGAUGUAUAAAUCACUGGUGAGUUAUGUGGAGUAAAAUGGUAACAUAGAAACAUAGAAUGUGACGGCAGAUAAGAACCAUUCGGCCCAUCUAGUCUGCCCAAUUUUCUAAAUACUUUCAUUAGUCCCUGGCCUUAUCUUAUAGUUAGGAUAGCCUUAUGCCUAUCCCACGCAUGCUUAAGCUCCUUUACUGUGUUAACCUCUACCACUUCAGCUGGAAGGCUAUUCCAUGCAUCCACUACCCUCUCAGUAAAGUAAUACUUCCUGAUAUUAUUUUUAAAUCUAUGUCCCUCUAAUUUAAGACUAUGUCAUCUUGUUGUGGUAGUUUUUCUUCUUUUAAAUAUAGUCUCCUCCUUUACUGUGUUGAUUCCCUUUAUGUAUUUAAAUGUUUCUAUCAUAUCCCCCCUGUCUCGUCUUUCCUCCAAGCUAUACAUGUUAAGUUCCUUUAACCUUUCCUGGUAAGUUUUAUCCCGCAAUCCAUGAACCAGUUUGGUAGCCCUUCUCUGAACCCUCUCUAAGGUAUCAAUAUCCUUCUGAAGAUACGGUCUCCAGUACUGUGUACAAUACUCCAAGUGUGUGAGAAAAGAGCCCAUUUACUAUGAAAGUUAAAGGGACACUUCAGGCACCCAGACCACUUCUGCCCAUUGGAGUGGUCUGGGUGCCAACUCCCACUACUCUUAACCCUGCAACUGUAAUUAUUGCAGUUUUUUAACAAACUGCAAUAAUUUCAUUGCACUUUUAACUCCACUUCUAGUGGCUGUCUACUAGACAACCACUAGAGGGCACUUCCUUUCCGCAUGUGCAUCAGGUCUCCCCGGCCGGUGGGCGGGAUUAGUCUCGCCCACCGGCCAACGCAAUCCCAGGGAGGAGGGGCGGCGGAGGAAGAAGCAGCGACGUGGGACAUCGUCGCUGCCUCUGGUAAGUUACUGAAGGGGUUUUCACUACUUCAGCACCCGGGUAUUGGGAGGGAGAGGGGACCUGCAGUGCCAGGAAAACGGAGUUCCCCUUUAAGGUAAGGGGAAAGUUAUUUAUUUUUUUUUAUUUUUUUUAAGACUGAGUCCAUUUAGACCUUUUUAUACAGAGAAAUUGAACUGUGACUUUAGGCAUCCUGAUAUGUUCAACAGUGAUGGGUUUUCAUUAUGUUUGUUUGUUUUCUGUAAAUCUCAGUGUUAUUGACUUUGUUUAUUUUUUAAGCAUGGUCAAGUUUGAAGAAAGCAACGACAAGUCACAGUUGAUCUUUGGUUCUCUCACUAGUAUUUCUGCAAAGGAUGCUGCUCCUGUACAGGUAACCGAUGUAAAGAACAAUAACACUUGUAUCUUCCAUGUGCAUUUAUAAAAGGAGAUACAAAAAAACAAAACAAUGUUUAAAAAAAAAAAAGCAAAACACUUAAAUGCCAAAACAAUGCAGAUUUUCUUAUUUAGGUUAUUUAGAUAGAUGUUUUUUUGUUUUUUUUACUCCUUCUGUGUUUACUAUUUUUUUUUUUUUUUUUUGUAGUAUGUAAGCAAGUGUUUACCUGCAAUAUUUCUAAAAGCCACUUUCACUCUAUUUAGAGCAUUGACACAAUGGUGGUGUUGGAGACCAAUGGAAACCUGGUUCUGUACACUGGCGUUGUCCGGGUAAGGGGUUUUAUUAGUUUAUUUAUUUUCAAGAAUUUAAUUAAAUAAUUUAAAUUUCCUUAAAAUGCAAGCUGGGCAGUCAUUACAUAAAUAAAUAUUUUUUGUGUUGAAAAGUGGGCUAGAAGUGGCAUACAUUUGGGGAGCCUCAUAUUUUAGCUAUACAAUCGGUUUUAUUCUGUUGCUUUUUCUACUGCUCAUCCAUACUGUAUGCCUGUACCCCCAGCAAGCUCUCUUCGUCCGAUCACGAUUGUAUGUUAUGUAAUGGGUGCAUACUGUCUUAUCUUUUCGCUGAUAUGUCAAACAAAAAUAAAGAAUUAAAAAAAAAAAAGAAGAAGAAGAAGUGGCAUACAUCAUCUAAUGUAAAUAAAAAGUGCAAUUUUUAGGUUAAUUAAAUGUUUGGCAUAAUUUUCUUUUAAAAUGUUGUAAAUUGAUUGUGUCAUUUAUUCGAACUACCUUUUUUAUCGAUGUGAAAAUAAUUUUCAACAGUUUUAAGUGACUGGAAACGUAUUUUGCAGUUCUGCGGGUUUAAAGUUAUCAAAAAGUGAUAGUUGCCUUAAUAAUUUUUUUUUUUCUUUCAAUUAAACAGGUUGGGAAAAUUUUCAUUCAAGGACUUGCUGCUCCAUCACUUGGCAUGUCAAACCCGAUGCCACGACCGAGCACGCCACUGGAGAGCAUCAGCACACCAACCAAACCACUGAGCAAGCACCUGGCUCCAAUGGAUGAGAUGGUAUGUUUUAAUAUGUUUGCUUUUGUCCUCUGCAGUAAAAUGCUUUUUAACUUUACGUUUAUGAAAAUCCAGUCUCAGCCCUUUUUCUAUUUAAUGUUUGAAAGACAUGUAUUACAUGUACAUCCAAUGUCUGUAAUAUCUGCAGGCAGGUAUAUUGUCUCCCGUUCCUGAGCUGCGGGAUUCCACAAGGCUCCAUGAAUCUACCUAUUUAGAUGACUGCACUUUCCAUUCGAUUGGCACUUACAUUCAUGCUGUUCGAGAUCCUGUACACAACAGAGUGACACUGGUAAGAAUGGAUCCUGUUUGUGAAAGAAACUAUUACCUUAUUAAAAAUGUAUUUAUUUUAUUUAUUUUUUCUCUUCCUCCUAUCAGGAAAUGAGCAACGGAUCCAUGGUUAGAAUAAGUAUUCCAGAUAUUGCAACCUCAGAACUGGGUGAGUAAAAAAAAACAAAAAAAAAACAGGCUGGUAUUCCUGCUCCUUUGAAAUGUAUCUUUAAAGUCUGCUACAUGUGUACUAAAAUAUUGUUUGCCUAAAAUUAUCCUCUUGGAUCAACAAUUUACAACUAUGUGUGUAUUUUGCUUGGAAUCUCUUAAAUGCACCUUAUUAAAUAUUCAGUGCGGCUUUAAGGGGUUACUACAAGUACCAUAACCACUUCAGUGAUUUGAUGUAGUCAUAGUGCAGUAUGAAUGUGCCUGCAGUAUGUAUGUGCAAUGUUUUGCUUAAGAAAUGCACAUACAGUAGAAUAGGGGUUGAAAUCUGUAACGCCAGUGUUGGCCGCAUCAUUGGGGCAUGAUUGGAUAGCACAGCAUGCUGACAUCCAAUAGCGAGGGGAAGUGACAUAAGCGAUGUGGAUGUGACUGCAGGAAGAUCUUAUCCUUAGCACUGAAAUGGACAUACGUUUUUUUGCACUAUUUAUUUUGAUAUGGAGACGUGCAGAUCAGCUCAGCAAGGGUUACUUUAACCAAAAAUCUAACAUUUUAACUACAUUUUGCACAGCAUGUCUUAACAUGUGCAAGUUUACAUACAUACAUGCCACACAAACUGUGCAACAACUUGACAAGGUCAAGCAGUAGUGUAAAACAAAUUCUGAGGUUGGACUGGUUGCACUCAUGGCCGUUCUUGCUGGAAGCAGUAUACGUUUAAACAGAGACUCAGCUGUAUGUAAUAUCUAACUGACUCACAGCUAGUAUUGCCUGCAGUCUUGCAUUGCAUUGAAAUAUAAAACCCUCCCUAUAUAGUGUUUUAAUAUUUUUUUUUGUUUUGAGAGGCUCUAAAAAAAAACCCCCCACAAAACAUCAAAGGAGUAGUUAACCAUGUACCUAGUGCAUUCACGUUCUAUCUUUGUUGUUGAAAUCGGGUCGAAUGUCCUCAUACUUUGUGUGGUAGCGUGGUAGCAAGAUUAAAACAUGUGUAGCCAUGAACUCCUGGUAUACAUAAUUAAAGGGAUCAUAUAGUGACAGGAAAACAAACCCAUUUUCCUGUCACUAUAGGGUUAUUAGUUCCCUCCCCCUUGCUGGCCUGGAGGGGUUUAAAACCCCUUCAGCCACUUACCUUAAUCCAGCACGGGCUCCCUCUGCGCUGGUGACCUCUCCUUCCCCUUGCAGACGUACACUCCCGAGUUGAGCUGAAUGCCGCGUGCAUUUAAACCGCCCAUAGGAAAGCAUUACUCAAUGCUUUCCUAUGGACGUCCAACGUGAGUUCAAUGUGAUUUUUGACACUGAGAAUCGAGGAAGCGGCCUCUAGUGGCUGUCAGGGAGACAGCCACUAGAGGCUGGAUUCACCCUGCAAUGUAAACAUAGCAGUUUCUCAAAAACUGCUAUGUUUUCAGCUGCAGAUUUUAAACUAGGGGGCACUGGCACCCAGACCACACCAUUGAGCUGAAGUGGUCGUGGUGCCUAUAGUGGUCCUUUAAGCAAAGUAUAAAGUGCAGCUUGUAUGAUUUUAGUUUUGGAAUGGUUUAUAUAGAUGGUUAUUUGAUACUCAUAUAAUUAUGUAACCUUAUUUCUGUUUCUUAUUCCAUUCAACAGUUAAAAAGUGUCUUCAAGCCAUUAAAUACAUCCUACCAAAAGAAAUAGCUGUUCAAAUGCUGAUCAAGUGGUAUAACUCCCACAAUGCACCGGGGGGUCCUAGCAACCAUUCUGAAUGGAAUCUGUUUGUUACUUGUCUUAUGAAUAUGAUGGGUUACAACACAGACAAGCUGCCGUGGACUCACAAUGUAAGUCGAUUCUCAUGGUUAUUUUUUGGCUUGGUUAUCACAAUAUUAUGGGAGUUUAUUUUAUUGUUCUGAGCACUAUCAUUUCAGAACUACCAAUCUAUUUAGAGGACAUAUAAGCGUUAUAUGUUUUGUCUGCCAUUGCUUCAAAUGUUAACCUUGCUUGUCCUUGUGGUACAGUCAAACUGGUCAAAUGUAUUUAUUUAUGGGGAGCAUGAUAAUCAGUACAGCUCACAAUAUCUGUUAUGGUUUCAGGAGUGGCGUGGUGCCCUCCCACAGUAAUUAGUAAAACCAUUUUAGCCUUGGCUUGACAACUACCUAGGAUGCACCAGGUGCCUGCCACCACCUCCUCUGAGCCAGUUGCUCUCCACCAAUGAGCUGAUCUUGCAUGAGAGGGCUUAGUUUGGUUGAGGUAACGGUAGCCUCUAGCUCUAGGCAAACUGGCACUGGCAGGCACCUUGCAGAACCCAAGUAAGUUGUCAAACUAUUCUUAAACAGUUUGACUUCUUACUGUUGGAGGGUGCCAGGGUACUUUGGGCAGUGUAACUACUACAGGCCGCUGUAGUGUUAAUGGUACAAGUUGGAGUAUUUCUUUUGAGAUUCAUGUUAUGUUCCAAUAUGUCCUGGGAAGCAUGAACAGAUUACUGUUUGAGUUUUUACCAUUGAUAAAUGGAAAAGUACUAUCAUAUACUUUGACCUUUGUGUAUCAACUGGUUGUUUCACAUUCAGAGCAUCUUCUCCUCUGAAAAGAACUUGACCACGUUGCACAAAUAUUUAAGGAAUAAACCAUUUUACCUUACAGCCCCACCUCCUUUCUAUCAAUGUUAAGUCAUCUUUAAUAAUUAAAAAUUUUAUUGUGUCAAUUUACUAGUUUGUUUUGAUGUGUGCCACAACUUUUAAAUGAAAAUGAUCAUUUGAUGCCACCACUCACUAUAUAUUCUAGCAUUAUAUUACUCAAACUUAGACUUUCUUGAAUAGGUUUUGCACACUGAUACAUCUAUCGUUAGUGAUAUCAGGUCAUAAUAGUGGAGGCAUGUAGUAUAAGAGAGACAAAUUCCAAUCCGCAUUACCCAGUAGAAUUAUUUUUGGCUUUCAUUAAAUGUGCUGUCUAGCUCCUAUAACCACUGUCUGCCCAUGCAAUGGUUAUGGUGUUAUUAGGCUGCAUACACCAUCCUCUGGUUUUUGAGUCCAUUUCACCUUGGCAAUAUUAAUUCCAUCCACAUUUUAAACUUCUUCAUUGACCAAGUGGAUCAGUUGACACAAUUUUCCAAUGAAUGGCUAUACAAUAUGAUUGAAAUUGAUAUUGCUCAUGCAGAAGUUAAACAUUUGCAUUGCCAGUAGAUGAGCAGGGCGACCAUGUGACUUGGGAACCCCCAGUUUUGGUCAAACAUUUUAAACAAGAACUGUGGGUGCCCACAGCCUAAUAGCAUCAUAAUCACUACAUCAGCAUGUACUGGUUACAGUACCAAAACUGCCCCUUUUAAGGAGGAUAUUGUGUAGGGAACAAUUUCACAACUUUUUUUUUUUUCAUCCUAGCUUGACUUUGAAGGAUCCCUAUCACCGGUUAUUGCUCCUAAGAAAGCUCGUCCUUCAGAAACUGGAUCAGAUGAGGUAAAACUCAGCCAGUCGGGUCGGUGUUAUUGUACUGGAGUAAAUCUUAGUUAAUUAAUUGACUACCAUUCUCAAAUACUUCAUUUCACUACCUAAUGAACCUUAUUUUUGAAAGUGUGUCACCUGUUAAUCUGACGUGUAUCUAUGACAGGGGUAGGCAACCUUCGGCACUCCAGAUGUUGUGGACUACAUCCCCCAUAAUGCUCUUACACCAAUAAUGCUGGCAAAGCAUCAUGGGAGGUGUAGUUUAAACCACCUGGAGUGCCGUAUGUUGCCUAUGCAUGAUCUAUGAGAAAGCUAUGUUAUCAGUCUUGCCCUUGGAGCAGCCAUCUCAGUUAUUUGCCUGAUUACUUCUGCAUGUGUGUUUUUGUGUGCUCUUUCUUUUCUCUUCCUUCGGCAAUAUGUUGGAUAAACUCCAUAGUAAAAUAUGUUCUAGCUCAAGUUUGUCCAAAACAAAACUCCCCAGAUGUUGUGGAACACGGUGCCCAAAAGGUAGAUCCCACAUGUUUUAAAACUACAGCUUCCAUGAUGCUUUAACAUUCAAAAGGCAUUGUAAGGGCAUGCAAAGCAGCAUAAUCUGGGGAUUUACCAUUUGGGCAACCCCAUUGUAGAACUUUAUCUCCCUUGGUGCUUUGUCAGCUUUUAGAGAAACAUCUGGGAAUCUUCCUUUUGGUGACCCUUGUUCUAGUGAUAAAACCACGGGCAGUUUUCCACUCCAUUUUUGUAUGGGUGAGUGGUAACUCUUGGUCUACUUCACGGACUAUGUACUAAGCUGCAAAGUAUGCUUGCACUUAAUUUGCAUGCUAAUUUUCCUCUUCUCCAGAUAAAACACACUAAGUUGAAAAUAAAUAACUAAAAAAUAAAAUAAAACACAUUUGACUACAAGUGAUUUAUUUUGGUCUGUGUUUAUUUUUUCACUUAGGACUGGGAAUAUCUUAUUCAUUCUGACUACCACCGCUGUGUUGAAAGUCACACUCUAGCACGGGCACUGCAGUUAGACCCGUUAGAAGUGCCAGCAGUGGAAGAUGACCAGCAUACCCUUAAUCUGGACUCCACUGCACUCCUCUUCAGCCACAUUCCUGCCAUAUUCUUUGUGCUUCAUCUGGCCUACCAAGAGCUAAAACUUAAUACUUUAAUGAGAGAAGGAAUUAGGUCACUGGUGACCCUACUUCUGCAGUUGGCUAGGUGAAUAAUCUUAAAGCGCUAAGUGAAACCAUUUAUUUUUUUAAAUAAUCCGCUGAGGGACUGUACAAUUUUAUCAACACACAUCUCAUUUUAUGUUGGUGCAGAGAUCCUGCUGUGUGAGUAAUCUUCUCGGUUUGCUGAAAAACAUUAUUCAGAUGCUCUAGUUAAGAUCUUAUUAGAGCUUGAGUAAAAAUCAUUGUCUUCUUCUUGUAAGGUUAAUGACCAACGAUUUGCUGGAUACCAUGAGCUAUUUUGAUAUAACACUAUUCUAAAACACUUUUUAAAGUAUACCAGUGUAAAAUAUGCCACAGUACCACAUUGUAGUUAAUAAACGAUAAUUUAUACAGAUUAUCACUAGUACAUAUUCUAAUUGUCUCCCAACCUGUUUAUUGCUGUGUUUGCUGGCUGUUUUCAUAGACAUAGGGGCUAUUUGUUUGUCUCAAUGCCGGUUAGGUUUAAUGAAAGGCCCUUUAUUUAUGAGCGCAUUUCAAAUCCAAAUGUUUUUUACACUAUUUUAAAAUUAUUUUCCAGGGAUUUAAAUUUGAAUGCUUACAUGGAUCUUUACUCCAGAGACUAUCCAACUCUUGUGAAAACUACUGGGCAGAUUUGUCGCAUGGAGCCAAGUAAGUUUUUUUUUUUUUUUUUGUUAAUGUUUAAAUAUAAUUUAUCAUUUAUUUCAAUUCUGUUCUUAAAAAAAAAAAAAAAAUUUCUGUGUAUAUAUAGAGGAUAUGGAUUAUUUAAGUGUAUGCAAAAGUGGGGUAAUAACAGUCUAAUUUCUAUGCUAGAUAAAUGGCAAUAACACCCACUUGUUACAGAGCUUAAAAAGUGUUUAUGUGGACUUAUCGGCAGAUCAUGUAGAAGGACCAGUUAAUCUUCAGAUAUUGACAGUAAAUAGAUAACAAAAAAUAACCUUUCGAUCACUUCCUUCACACUCAUCAUGCCUUGGAAUGAAUGGAAGGAGUAGAUUAGCAAAGUUCCUAUCGGUAGAAGUGAUGGGAUGCACACACAGCUGCUUUUCCACUGUGCUGAUGUUUAUAUUUAGUAUUUAUUUACUAUCCUACUUGUACUUCUUUUUAAAAGCAUGACAUUUAAACUUGAAAUGAAGAAAAUUUACUGUGAUCCUCAUUUGGUUACGCAUAGGACACCCAUUUGCACCUUUCUGCUUGACAUUUGUUUUUUAUGACUUGUUAAACACAUUUCAUAACAAUAAGAAAACAAAAUGGUUAUGUAUCCUGGCAACUUCUUAAUACUUAAAGGUGCAGUCCAGGCAGCUAAUGUGCAAAAAAAAAAAAUAUAUAUAUUUUUUUAAAUCAUAAUGUAAUUUACAUGCAUUUUAGUCAACCCUACAGCCUCACUCUUUCAAAUGUAAGAGGAAUGUGCGAUAGUAAAGUUAGCUAGUACAUUUCACCAAAUCCACUGUGCAGCGCAACAGCGGAAGUUAAAUUAGUACACACAAACCCUAUACAGGUUGGCUUUAAAUUGUACUAUCCAGUAUAGCUGCACUUUGCAUUUUAUUACAAACGUGCUAGGCUAUAUCUCUUGUACUAUAUAACAAUUUUUUACCUACUCUGCUUUACAGCCCAAGUUGGUUUUAUGAAUUAUCCUUCAUUUUUUGAGGAUGAUCGUCCACCAAGUAUCUACCAUUGGGUCAGCACUUGUCUGCAAGGCAAAAAGGCCCCACCUUAUCCAUACUUGCCUGGCAUCUGCGAGAGAAGCAAGCUCGUAGUUCUGGUAAAUUUCUCCCCUGUAACGUAUUGUGCAGUGUCAACUUAAAAGAGAACCAUGACAAUGAUGUUGGUUUACUUGUACAACCAUUUGUGUGCAGGUGCAAUUUUCAUUGGGGACAAAAACACUUUACUGGCUGUCACUCAGACUACCAAAGUGUUUUUCCUCUGCUUUUGUUACCACCACAGAGCUAACUCUGGACUAGCGGGUGCCUGCUUUCUCCUAUCACAGUGAUCUGUAUUACAGCUCAUUGAGAAGCAUAGGAAAGUCUUCUAUACUGAAAGUCUGUGCGUGGGAAAGAGGGAAGAACAUACAAAGGCUGCAGACAGCAAGUCUGUAGCUUUUGCAAGCUGUUUUUUCAUAUAUCCCCCAAAGAAAACAUGCAGGUGAAAAUGUAUGAAUGUUUUUGGAAAGGACAUGUCUACCGAUUUGUUACAUAUUCAAUGGAGUAUGUCUUUAACUGUGUAGUUUUCUGCUAGGUUACAGUUUUUUUUUUUUUUUUUUAAGGAGUACUAAACCUUUUAAAUGCAUAAUCCCUCAUUUUUGCCAUCAGUAUUAUAAGAUCAUAUGUAUUUACUCUUUGGGUACAUUAGAUCCUGAAAUUGUACUUCGAGUAAAAUGAUCCCUGGUGACUAUACUGAAUAAUUCAUUUCCUUAGAUGCCUUUUCAGGGUUGCAUGCCCUGGUUGUCAUGGUUCAUGAACCAUUACCUUUGGAAGGCUGUUCUUUCUGAUCUAUAUGUAAGCAGUCGAUUGUGCUAUUGUCUUUUUCUUUUCUUUUUUUUUUUUUUCUUCUUCUUUCAGUGGAUGUUGAAGGUGUGAAAUAUUUAUGCAUGGUCUUACAGGGGCUCUCUAAGCUCCCUAUACAACUUUAAUGGUUAUGGUGACAGCAUGCUCCUGGUUCCAUAUCCCAGUUAUGUAUCAAACAGUUUAUUUAGCUGUUUAACGCAAACCAAGACCAGGACCCUUACUCAGCAUAUUACGAUUUCAGAAGUUACUCUUUGCAUUAGUAAUGCCAGUUUCUGUCAGAUUUGAAUGCCAUUGGUGUUCUAGGUGUGUCAGCUGAUGCUCUCAGCCAAUCAGUGCCCUCCAAAUCUGGACACAAUUGAUAUUGCUAUUAGUAACAUGCCAACUGAGGGACUGUGGCACAGGCACCUGGACAACCUGCAAUUUGUGUGAAACCACUAAAACAAUUUGACACAGAAUCUGAGGAAUGGCACCAAGAGCAUUCCUGCAUUGUAACCACUACAGUAAUGGUUAUGAUACUUCGAAUGGCCGUAUAAAUAUCACUGUUCUGCAUCUGAUCAAUAUAAAUGUGGCAGAACAUAAAUCACUUGAUGGAUUAUAAAUCUUGACCCAUUUUGUCCCCAUAUAAUACUAUGUUUGCUAUUAGGCUAAUUUAUAGACGUACCUAUAACACUAUACUUUUAUGUGUAUAUAUUCUAUUCAGAGUGUCGCUUUAUAUAUACUUGGAGAUGAGAGCUCGGUGACACGGGAACCAUCCAAGUACCUGUCUAAAAUUACAGCAGGUAAAUACUAUAGAGAUCUUAGAUAUAGCAAAUGACCAACCUACUGUACAAACAUUGCAAUUCUGUUAACAUAUGUGGGGACUUGUUUACCUUUCCAGGACAAAGAAAGCAGCAACAGGAAGAUGAAAGGAGGUAUGGAAUUAAUUAUUACUUAGCCUUUGUUGCUCUAGGACCAUUCAAGAAUAAGAACUAAUAAUAAUUAGCAAGUGCUUAUUUUCACUUUGAAGGAGAUUCAUUCUUCAUAAUGUUAUUUUACCUCAUUGUAUAUUAUUGAUUAGCUUCUAUCUUAACCUCUUCACUACCGAGCACUUUUUGAUUGAGAAAAUAUUAGUACAACAUUUAUUUGAAACAAGAGAUGCAUAGCUAGCAAAUAUAUCACAACAGGGCAAUUUUUUUAUAGAUUGCUUUGCAGACAAACUUAAAAAUGUAAGUUUUAUUUUUUACUUAUUUGUUUCUUUUUUUUUUUUUAAAUGUAUUUAUUUUUAAUUCAUUUUUUAAUUAAAAAUAUAUUUGGGAAACAAUAAAGCUUUAGACUGUAAACAAUGUCCUUUAUCUUGCAAUAUUUCACGCAGGUUCUGAAAUGUUAGUAUAAAAGCAAAAGUGCAAUUUUUCUCACAAACAUUAACUGUGACAAAAAUGUAUACAUAAAUAUGGUACAAUACUUUGCUUAUAGGUAUUUGAAGGAAGGCAUUACUAGCAGUACAGCUUACUAAAAAUUGCAACAGAAUGUAAAACUGUCUGCAAAUGAGCACAAUGCCCACAUACAGUGAAUACAGUUAAAACCUAUAUUUCUAAAAUAAGCGUAUUUAAAACUGCUUUCAAUUUUAAUUAAUUUGUAGAGUUCAUUCACACAACCCUUCCUGACUCUAGGAUUAAUAUGACCCAUUGAAACUUCCUAUACUGUUUGAAACUAUAUUUUCUGGUCUCUGCAUUUUAAAAGCACCGGGCCACCAUGUUACAUUGUUUCCCAUAAUGUCAUUUUACUCCUGUAGCUUGUCUCAAAUGCCUCAAAAUUGUAUUUCUGCACAUAGCACGUGCUUUUUUUCUAAAUCUAGAGUGAGAGUUGCAUGUCUUCCACUUCCUGUAUUAACAUACAGGACAUUGGUUACACUUGCUUAGAAUAUUGACCUGACAGGGUUGUGAAUGAGCAUUUGUAUGAUUCUAAAUUGGAAGACAGACUUUUGUUGUCCUCCCCUUGGAAAAACGCUUUUAGAUAGAAGAAAGCUCUUUUUUUCAGCCCAACUAAAGCCACUGCAGUUGUUUUUUCCAUACAAAUAAUAUAUAAAUAUUAUAAUGCUGAAAGAGUGAUUCACUGUUACCUAAACUGGGAUUUGAUAAUUAUUUUGACAGGUACAGUCUGAAACCCUGCCCCACUGUUUCCAGCCUAUCUGAAAAGCUUGUGGUCUGGAUGACCAAUAUAGGUGAGCAGCACAUUUGACUUAAAUGUUGCAGAUCCUUUUUUGAGUUUUCACACAAUUUCUACUUAGUUUAAUUCCCUUCAUCUGCACUCAUACAGGUGGAAUUAGAGGGAUUGUGUGCUAAAAAUAAGUGUUACAAUGUUUUUCAUAACAGGACUAUUUCCAUGUCAGAUGAUUGCAAGAAAAUAGGGUCUUAUCUUGAAAAUUUAAGGUGUCUUUAAAAAAAUAAAAUAAAAAGUUCUAUUUAAAGGCACACUGCAUUUCUCUAAAGCACAUUAGGUUGCUGCAGUAUUUUGGGUUUAAUUGCAUGUCCCUGGAGUUUUUUUUUUUUUUUAUAAAAAAAUGCUGAUUUCAAGAGAAAUAUACACUUUUUCUUUUAAAUGACCUUGGUAACACUGCCUGACUGUCAGCAAGACAGCUGGAAUGAUUCCCUGCUUCACUUUCUAUGGACUGUCAUGCUGAAUCGUUGUACUAUCAAUUGCCAAGCUUGCUCCCUAUGUCCUCAAUAUUUCUCUUUGAGAAGCAUUUGAUUGCAGAGAGACCAUCAGUAGAUGGUCUCACCAUAGGUAGUUUGGACUGGAGAACAGACAUGGUUUUGACACUGGGCACACUAAAUCUAAAAUAAAAUAGGAACACUUCAAUGUUAAAAAUAAAUAUAUGUAUUUUUAAUGUUGCAGUGUUCCUUUAAGACCUUUUUGGUUACGCAUUUAGCUGAGGAAAUCAUUACCAAAUGGGAAUUUGAAAAUAGUUUUUUACCUGAAGUUAAAAAAAUUAGCAGGUUUUGAUGAAUCUACUUUUAAUAGGAGUAUGUUCUCAGAAAAUACAAUAUUUUAGAUUUAGUUUUGGAUGGGUAGGUUGGGAUGUGCACUCAAAAUAACCUGUUAUAAAAGUUGAUCUAAAAUAUGCACAGUCUAUUUUACAGUGUUUCUCCUAUAUCUGUUAUUUUAAAUCUAAGGUUUUACACUACGGGAUCUGGAAUCUCUGCCUUUUGGUGUUGCUCUACCCAUAAGACAUGCAGUUUAUCAAUGUCGACAGCAGCCUGCUUCUGAUUGGCCAGAAGCAGUCUGCCUUCUCAUAGGACGCCAAGACCUUUCUAAACAAGCUUGUGAUGGAAACUUGCCAAAGACCAAGUCAGUGGUAAGGUGUUCAGAGUCUAAUGCUUAAAAAAACCAAAUCAGGAUUGUAGCAUAUAGAUUUAAUUCCUAAACUCCACCCAUGGUCCCUAUGGCUUAUGGCAGGAGGCAGAGGUAUUAAAGAAUAACUACAGUCAGCUGGUACAUUUACAUGCAUUCAUCAAUUCUGAAGAAACCUUUAUUGAUGGAUGGAAGAGAAGAAUGUAACCAGAGUUUUACUAAGGCAUAAAGGGCUGCUAAGGCUAUCUUGAGUAAUAACUUAAUUUCAUUUUCCUGCACGGUUAAACUGUCAGUAGACGUGGAAAGUAAAUUAUGUCAAUGGGUUGAAUGGCACAUGUUUACCCAGUACAUCUUUUAGCAGUUUAUUAUUUUUUACUUUGACUUUUGUAAACGUUACCUGUAAUGUUUUAUAUUUGCCUCAUAUUUGCCUUAUUCAUCAUCUCAGCUUUAAUGCCAGUGAUUACAUCUGAAGCUCAUAGUUUCCUUUUUUUUUUUUUCUGUAUAAUUUUUGCUGAACAUGUAGAUAUACAUCAAUUUACAGGUGUACCACAAGUUAUUUUGCUGCACGUACAUUUAGGUCUGUAGCUAUUUGGACACUGAUUAAAUUUUCUUAAUUUUGGCUCUGUACGCCACAACAAUGGAUUUGAAUUGAAACAACCACGAUGCAAUUAAAGUGCAAACUUUAUGCUUUCAAGGGGUUGAACAAAAAUAAGGAAUAGCAAUCAUUUUUCAUACACAGUCCCCUUAUUGCAGGGGCUCAAAUGGAAUUUGACAAAUUUAACACACUCAUAAAGAAAAUGUAAAUCUUUAACACUUUAAGAUUCCUUUUUAGGUAAUGACUGCUUGAAUUCUGAAACACAUGGACAAUCAAAAUUGAUGAUUUGCCUUUACUGUUUGUAGCGUUUCUUCAAUUGUUUAUUCUUUCUGCCUUGAGUUCUGCCUUCAGCUAAACCUGGGUCAAUCAGGUUGAGAUCAGUCGAUUGACUCAGCCAUUGCAGAAUACGCCACUUCUUUGCUUUAAACUCCUGGGUUGCUUUUGUAGUACGUUUUGGAUCAUUAUCCCUCUGUAAAGUGAAAAGUUGCCCAAUCAACUUCACUGAAUUUGGCUGAGUACGAGCAGCCAAAAAAAGGACAUAGACUUAGAAUUCAUCCGGCUGCUUCUGUCACAUCAUCAAUAAAUACUAGUGACCCAGUGUCAUUGGAAGCCAUGCAUGCCAAUGCCAUCACACUUUUUCUUUACCAUGGAAAGGGUCCUCUGAUCAUCCACCACUGUUGUCUUCUGUGGACGUCCAAGCCUUUUUGUAUUGCAUAGCUCACCGAUGCCUUUUUUAUUUUCUUUCUCAGAAUGCACCAAACUGUUUAUUUGGCCACUGGUUAUGUUCCUGCUAUCUCUCUGAUGGAUUUUUAUAAAUUUUUUUACAUUUAUUUUGCAGUCUAAGGAUGGCCUGUUUAAUUUGCAUUGAAUUCUCAUUUGACCACAUGUUGUGGAUUCACAGCAAAAGCUUCCAAAUGUGAAUGCCACACCUGGAAUCAAUCCAGACCUUUUAAUUGAUGAAGAAAUAACAAAGGAAUAGCCCACACCUGUCUGAAACAGUUUUUGAGUCAGUUGUCCAAUUACUUUCGGUCCCUUGAAAAAGAGGGAGCUACAUAUUUGGAUGUGAAUACCCUCAAACUAAAAGUGAGAUAAUGCAUUUUAAACCCUUAUUCAUUAUUUAACGGUAAGUUUAAUUUAUUUUGGUAAACCGCUAAAUGAACAAAAUAUCAGUGUCCACAUAUUUCCAGACCUAACUGUAUGUGAUUUUACUGUAAUGAUUCUCAAGCAACCUUUAGCCCAUUUAUGCAAUUGAGUUGCGUACCUUUCCAUUCAGAUAUAAAAAUGAUCUCACUCAUAAAGCCAGUCCGUCAAGGAUCUUACAUACAAGCCUUUUGUGUACAAGUGAUCAAAUUGUCUCAAACAAACAUUUUAGUUAAUCAGUUAAGUACAGCUCAUAUGCCUCUUCACAGCGAGUGAGGAGCUUCUGGACAUUACACUAAGCAGCCAGUAGUUAAAAUGUUUUAAAUUGCUCUUCCUCUUUCUGCCUGCAGUUUUCAUAAUUCACAUUUUCCGACACAAAUGGCUUCCUAAUGAAAUGCAACAGUUAUGUAUUUUACAUAUGUAAUCUAAUCUUAUUGAUCUAUUAAGUUCAGGCAUUACUGGCCUUUUAUAAAGAUACAAUAAGGCAAAUAAGGCAAAUAGAGUAUAACAAUCAGGAACACUGGACAUCAUCAGGAUAGCUCUCCUUGUUAUAGUGGCUUUGUCUGUGGAGCACCCGUAAAUGUAUUUUAGAUCUAUUGGCAUUUCAUGUAUUACCAUGAUUCUCAUUGACUAUUAGUAGAAUGCAGUGAUACGCUCCACUAAUAUAUUUUGUUUCUAUCACUUAUUGUAAUUUAGUCUACUGCCAAGGUUCCCUCCCCAGAGGUACCUCCUGCAGGAGAAGCAGAGGAAGAGGAUGAUGGUAUGAGCGAUUUGAAUCAGGCAGUGAUGUCGUUGAUAUGGAGUGAAGACAUGCGUGUGCAGGAAGUGCGUAGACUUCUUCAGAGUUCCCACCCUGUGCGUGUAAAUGUUGUGCAGAUGCCUGAAGUUAGCGACCAUGAGUACAUUGAGGAGAAGGAGAACAGGUAACUUUUUAUAUUUUGUGAUGAUUUUCAGUUUUUUUGAGCAGAAAGGAUAUAGUGAAAAAGGGAUGCCGUUUACGGAUGAGGCAUAUAAUAGUAUCUCAUUACAAAUGAAGAACUUUUGCAAGCUCUAGAUUUUGUACAAGAAAUGGGCAUUAUAAAUCUAUUUAUCUUGAUUCUAUUAACAGCAGUUUGAUUUUAGUUUUCUUGCUUUCUGGGUAGAGGACUUUUAUCAUCUGUGUCCUCAUUGUAAGCUGAGGCAAAAAUAGGUAAAACAAUAAAUUAAAUCAAAAGUAAUAUUCACAAUAUAUUCUGUUUUUCAGUUCAGAUCUAAUUCACAAACAUUUGAUGUUGUGAAUAAUCCUGGUUUUAUUGGAAUUUGGUAAAGACAAUAACAAAAUUUUGAAAGACAACAAACAAAUGACAUAAUAAUUAACAAACACACAGAGGCCUAAACCAAUUGGAUGGGGAGGGGGAGUGUCUAAUUAGAACAACCAUUGAUCAGGGAUAACAUCAGCGCUGCGGAAUACGUUGGCGCUUUUAUAACUUGGUCUAUAGCUGCAACAUAGUCCAUAAUGUCUUGUUCAGACUCUUGCAGCUUUGUCAGAGGACCAUGGCUCUGCCUGUGGGGCGUGGAAUGUUCACCUUGUUUUCCUACCACCCUGUACCAACAGAACCUCUUCCAAUUCCAAAACUGAAUCUUACAGGUGAGUUUUAAUAUGCUGGCUAUACAUACUGUGAAGUAGAAUAAAAAAAGAUACAUGCAAAAGUUUGGGCACCCCUUACAAAUAAAAUAUUUAAUGGGGGUGGGGUAUGGUAGAAGCCUGGUGGAAUCCUGUCCUUUUUUCAUUUUGUGUCAUUGAGGACUUGAUUAUAUUGGGGCCACAAAAAUAGGGUUGAGAGAUUCACAAAACUUUAAAGGGAUGCUUGUCUGACCUUGCUGCUAUUUCUGUAGUUCCCUGGGUUGUGAGGCUUUUCAGGUAUCGUCAGCCUAAUUCUCCUAACCCCAAACAAUAUCCACCCCAUUCCAAAAGAUGAAUACCUGUGGGCUAACCAAUUUCUUUAAUUCCUAACAAAUUACAGCCCCUUCCAAAAGAUGACUUACUGGGGGGAUUGGCACAUUGUUUAACCCAUAUAAAGUACAGUAUUUGUGUAGUAUCCAUUUGUGGGUUAUGAUGCCACUAUUCCUGUGCUGCCUUUACCCAAUCCUGUUUCAAAAUGUUUUUGAGCGUUUUGACACAAACUAAGGUCCCCUAGGCAUUUACAGCACAGACUGGCUUGGCAUAUUCCUAUUGUGAAAGUUACACUUCACGUUGGCAAUAUUCAUUCUGUCCAUGUUUGGAUAGUUCAUGGACUGACCAUGUCAGCUGCAGCACAUAGGAGUUCCUACUUGGUGUCUAACUGUUCUCACAGAAUCAGCUCACAACACCAAGGGCAAUGCAGGCACCAUAACGACUUUAGAGAGCCAUUUAAAACAGAAUUGAGAUUAUAAUGCAAAAUAAAGUAGGUAUAUUAGUAACUACCUUGUCUUAUGGAAAUAUUUUUUUUUGUCAAAAUGAGGCAUUGAAAGUUUCCACUGGCACCUGUGUGAUAAUGCUUUGAUACUUUAGUAGUUUAGUGCUUGCUUGUGUAUGUUCUGUAGAAGCUUAAGAGACAGAUUAUAAUUUGGUUUACAUCACUAGGUCGAGCUCCACCAAGAAACACAACUGUAGAUCUCAACAGCGGAAACAUUGACGUGCCCCCAAAUAUGGCUUGCUGGGCCAGCUUUCACAAUGGAGUGGCUGCAGGCCUGAAAAUAGCUCCCGCCUCCCAGAUAGAUUCUGCCUGGAUUGUUUACAACAAGCCAAAAAAUGCUGAGCUGGCUAAUGAGUAUGCUGGCUUCCUCAUGGCCCUGGGCUUAAAUGGGCACCUCACCAAGUUGGCAACUUUGAACAUACACGACUAUCUGACAAAGGUGAGGCUUUAUUUACCUUAUGAACGAACAAGAUAACUAAGAAAAUACUGCAUACAAAAUAACCAAUAACACUGAUCUAAAAUACAAAAAUAAACUCUUUAAAAAAAUAAAAAUAAAUAUAUAUAUAUAUAUAUAUAUAUAUAUAUAUAUAUAUAUAUAUAUAUCAAGAGAUUUUUAGAGGUGACUAAUGCAUAUACAAAAAUAACAAGAAGGGGUAACGAUAAUCAGAGCAAUACCAUAAAAUAAUAUAUGAAAACCACAAUUUAUUAAUACCAUAAAUAAACCACCAAUUAAUAAAAAUAAAUAUGUAUAUGACAAUACUGAUCCUAAAAUGAGCACUUCUAAUGAAGAGACCACUUAAUAAAGGCUGCACACCUUGAAGGGAGGAACCUAGCAAUGAACAACAAGUGAACAAAUCAAUAACACUGACCUACAGUGUGCAGAACUGUAAAAACCAGUCGGUGGCACUGUUUUAACAGAGGAUUUUAAGUAGCACUGUACAGAAACUUGUGGCACACAUUUGCCACAAAGACACAAUACACAAAACACACAGGUUAUUUGCUCAUCAAAAGGCGAAACUAUGACCGAUCACGUGAGACAGUCUAAGCCACAUCUUCCAUCGUUCUAGCAUUUAUAAUACAUUGGUAGCUGAUGCAUAUCACGUGAGAUUGUAACUUUUAGCUAUCAGUGAUUUAUAGGAGGGCUUACAAGGUGGAAGUAUUUUUAACCUUUGAUAUAUAUGCACUCUACACAAAUUUAUUCAUACUAAUGCUUUAUGACAAAUAAACCCUUUUUAUCUGGCACUAGAUUAAAUUAUGCAUUUGAACCAUUAAGGGGUUCCACACACUCUUUGUAAAAAUGAGCAUACACCUGUUCAAAUGUGACAUCUCUUUACUAAGGCAGGGUUUGAUUAACAUUCCAACCAGGAGAUCAAAUCUGAAACUUAAAGCCUGUGAAAUGCAACCUUUUUUCUCACAGGCUUUUUUGCUGUACAUUUAUUAGUUGCAUGUUCUAAUAGCACUCACAACUAUUGUUGAACCUACAUAAAUCUGUUAGACGUUGAAGAUUAUGUCACGUGAUGACUUACAAUAUAAUUGACAACGCUAGCGACGUAUUCCUAGAAAGUCUUCCACCUUAUCUUCUAAUACAACUUACAGAGAUCUUAAAUAAAAAACACACAACUCCCAGGUAUUUUUAAUGAACAAGUUAUUAAUGCAGGUCAGCAUUUGCAUAAGCUUGGGGAAAAAAAAAUCUAAAUCAGCCAAUAUUGAAGCAUUUUUGCCUGUAUAUAUAUAUUUUUUUUAAUGUCCUCCCUCUAUAAUGUGUCUUGAUAGGGCCACGAGAUGACCAGCAUUGGGCUCCUGCUUGGUGUUUCAGCUGCCAAGCUUGGUACGAUGGAUAUUUCAAUUACACGACUUCUCAGCAUCCACAUCCCUGCCCUGUUACCUCCAACUUCCACGGAGCUCGAUGUGCCACAUAAUGUGCAGGUGGCUGCUGUGAUUGGAAUUGGCUUGGUUUACCAGGGAACUGCCCAUAGACACAUAGCUGAGAUUCUACUUGCAGAAAUAGGUAAGGAUUAGAAAUAUCAACUUCUCAGUUAUUUUUUUUUUUUUUGAUUGUGUGUGCUUUUUAGUCCUGUGUAGCAAUGUUGCUCAACAUUUUCUGGCAUUUGUGUUACAUAGUUACAUAGUUACAUAGCUGAAAAGAGACUUGCGUCCAUCAAGUUCAGCCUUCCUCACAUUUGUUUUUUGCUGUUGAUCCAAAAGAAGGCAAAAAAACCCAGUUUGAAGCACAAUUUUGCAACAAGCUAGGAAAAAAAUUCCUUCUUGACCCCAGAAUGGCAGUCAGAUUUAUCCUUGGAUCAAGCAGUUAUUACCCUACAUUGAAAGAUUAUAUCCUUGAAUAUUCUGUUCUUGCAAGUAUGCAUCUAGUAGCCGUUUGAACAUCUGUAUGGACUCUGAUAAAACCACUUCCUCAGGCAGAGAAUUCCACAUCCUGAUUGUUCUUACAGUAAAAAACCUUUCCUUUGCCUUAGGCGAAAUCUUCUUUCUUCCAGUCUAAACGCAUGGCCUCGUGUCCUAUGUAAAGUCCGGUUUGUGAAUAGAUUUCCACACAAUGGUUUGUAUUGGCCCCGAAUAUAUUUGUAUAAUGUUAUCAUAUCCCCUCUCAGGCGACGUUUUUCUAACUGGUUAGAACAGUGGUAGGUAACAUCACUUAGAACUGGGAUCCCAAGUCCUGCUCAGACCACCUCACCAGUUCUCCUUGGGUAAUGCAUCUAAUGCUAUAUAUCUGGCUAGCUCAAAUCCUCCUAGAUUGUAAACUUCUGCGAGCAGGGCCUUCACCUCUUAAUGAUAUUUUAUUGAUUGCGGGCUAUCUUGCCUUCUACAAAUGCUAAUAAUAAUGUGGCCAUUGUCCUUGCAGCUGACUGCUGACUAAUUCUUUGAUAUCUCUUGGGUGGAUCGCUACAUGACUAAAUUAGAAAUAGUGACUUGAUUUAAGAAUAAUCAGUGUUUAUUAUUUCCUGUUUUCUGGAUAGUUUAAAUCUUUAGUAAUAUAAUAUAGAGAUUGCCCUUUGGUUAGUGAUCUUGUUUGCUACUGAAGUUAAUGCUUGUUUAUCAUUAUCCUUGGCUCUACUUAAUACAUAAAUAAUCACACCCUUGGUAUGAUUCAGUGUGUCUGGUACCUGUAUGAUUUGUUGUAAUUUGUCAAAGGGACACUAUAACAAUUUAAUUUAAUUGAACGUGAUGUAGUUCCUUCAGUCUUCUGGUGACUUCCCCCCAAACUAUUUUUAAACGAUUUUAAACUAUUUACCUCUAAAUAAAGUUCCCUGGCCACUCACAGCCAGGUCCCUAAUGCAGGUAUGGCUAAGGCAGUGGUGACACACUUCCUUGUAGCCAUGCCACUUCACACCAGCAAUAGACUGAAAGUGAUCAGCUGAUACUUUCAGCAAAUCACAGCCGUCCUUUGCUGUUCAGACGAAUGGUUCCUCAUUAGUUCAAGCAGCAACGAGAGGGGGUAGGCUCCUGGGGACUUUUGUUUAGUUUUAAAAUGUUUUUAAGCUGAAUAGAAGGAUGGUGCCAGGGGGACUCUGAAUACUAUAGCCACUUUAAUGAGAUGAAGCUGUUACAAUGCCUGCAGUGUUUCUUUUAUUAUUAUUAUUAUUAUUAUUAUUAUUGCCAUUUUCAUAGCAACAACAUAUUCCGUAGCGCUUUACACUUUUAAGGUCCAGUUGUUCAAUAAAAAGCCUUACUGUGAACCUGCCUACUCUCUUUUGGGUUUGUUUACAUCAGGGGUCCUCAAACUACGGCCCAAGAAACCGUCCCAAGCACUUAGGGCCACCCGAUGGGCCCUAUUUCUUCAGGGGCCCAGUCAGUGCUGUAGCAAUAGCGCGUCCGGGCCCCUUUAAAAAAUUUGCAGCUGCAAAGUAGUGCUGGGAGGAAAUGGCGUCACUUCCUCCCAGCUCCCUCCGCGCGGGAGGGAAGAAACACAAGCCGCGAGGACAGAAGAGCCACGCCGACUCCCAUCAUCCACAGCUAUUCUCCUGCAAAAAAAGUAAGAAAUUUUAGCUGUAUGUAUGUAUGCAUGCAUGCAUGUCUGUCUGUGUGUGUUUGUAUGUAUGUCUGUCUCUGUGUAUGUGUAUGUAUUUAUUUCAGUAUGUCAGUAUGUAUGUCUGUGUGUUUGUGUAUGAGUAUCUAUCUGUGUGUAUUUGUCAGUAUGUGUCUAUCUGUAUGCAUGUAUGUCAGUAUGUCUUUGUAUGUGUGUAUGUAUGUCAGUAUGUGUUUGUAUGCGUGUAUGUAUGUAUGCAUUUCAGUAUGUAUGUCUGUGUGUGUAUGUCAGUAUGUAUGUCUGUAUUUAUGCAUGUCAGUAUAUGAAUGUAUGUGUUUGUAUGUAUGUCUGUGUAUGUAUGUCAGUAUGUGUCUCUGUAUGUCUGUGCAUAUGUAUGUGUGUAUAUGUCAGUGUUUGUAUGUAUGUAUUUCAGUAUGUCAGUAUAUGUGUGUGUGUGUGUGUGUGUGUAUGUAUUUAUGUCAGUAUGUAUCUGUCUGUGUCUGUCUAUCAGUAUGUAUGGCUGUGUGUAUGUAUGUCAGUAUGUGUUUGUAUGUAUGUCCGUAUUUCAGUAUGUGUUUGUAUGUCAGUGUGUGUGUCAGUAUGUAUAUGUCUCUGUCAGUAUGUAUGUCCUUAUGCGUGUUUGUGUCUGUAAGUAUGUUAGUAUGUGUCUGUAUAUGUCUGUUUCACUAUAUAUAGGAAUAAAAAAAAAAAAAAAGUAAAACUAUAGUCUGCCCCCCAGCAGUGUCUGAGGGACAGUGAACGUGGCCCCCUGUUUAAAAAGUUUGAGGGGGGGGCGGGGCCUGACCAUCAUGGCGGGGAGACGUGUUUUACACGAGCUCCUGCUAAAUCCUGACAAAAUAAGCGAAAAUCGGCUCACCCAGUCGCAACACACGGCAUUGCUAGACACCCAUCAGGAUCCUGUGCAACCCGAUUGGGGCCAGCUGAAGACUCAACCGACAUUGCGACCUGGUGCUCAACGGGCGGGGGAGGCAGCCGCUCCCCAGUCCUGGAGGCACCCUGAAGCUGCUCACAGUACAAGCCAGCCCUGCUACCCCCCCCUUGGACCGGCGGGGGUGAUCCCGGUCCACCCUAGGGGGGCAACCCCAAGCAUGAGAAGAGAUGGGAUACCGCCAAAGACAGCACACGGAGGCCUGUCUAAGAUGGCGGACACAACACGUGCCGACCACCCCAGCGACUCCCCACAAGACAUCCUCACACGAAUCAACUACCACUUUGAGACCUUCUGGAGAAAGCUAGGGGGUAUACUGAAUCAAAGCGCUCCGCCACUACCACAAAGCAAGCAACGCUCACCUACUCCCAUCACACGAACCGGCAGCCGCACAGCGCUCCCUCUCACUCGAGCAGGGCGCCAACGCAAACAUGCCCUCCUGUCCUGCCGAUACUACACUGCACGAAGGUCCAGCAGGGACCGACUCCGCGCUCCCAGACCGCACUAUCAAAAGAAUCACAAAUCGCAGCGACACCUACAGCCGCGGUUGGGACCCGGUGGGGAGUGGAGGUGCGAAGGACUGCGUAGAUCGGGGCACACAGACAAGGAAAAGAACGCACUGACAAGACUCACCUCGCCCAAGAACAGAGCGACGCAAGUCCGAAGGUGGAGAAGGCUGGGCGCUGGGCCCAAAAUGACGGCAACACCUGGUCAGUCAUCUACCGACCCGCGACCACGACACGGGCUGCCUCCCGAGCACACGAAGAGACCAAGACCAGGAUCCACAAAGGCACCCGAAUGGGACUGUGGUAUGCCUCCUGCGGGAGUGGGCUGACUGGGACUCUAGAAGCCAUAGAUGAGUCACCCACCUUGCCUCACAUAGACUCUGACUGUAAUAUAGCACAUUUAAUGUUUCUGUAUGCAUUUGGUGUUACUAUUAUACCCCUAUGCUCGUGAGUUAUGCUUAACGUUUAUCUGUUUUGACCAUUUCUCAAUUCAGUUCUCCUAGCUAAUGAUAAAGGCACACCUUAUUAAAGAAUCCAGGAUCGGGGCCCUCCCUCCUGGCGGUAAAUUCCCAACCCCUUAGCUAUGCCCACUGACUGCCUGCUGCAAAAGCCUCGCUGUGGCACUACAAGAGCUGCGCUGGCACCUCAGGAAAUAGCAAACCUUACUCCAUCUUAGUUCUUUCCCCAUAGUGUGGCAGCAUGCUAUUCCUAUUCAUGUCAAAUCGAAAAUUGCCAGAUCAGCAAACCUGCUAGCGCUAUUGAUACUCUCAUUAGGUUCAUAACCUGUGAAUCUUAGAAAUUUACUAAUAUUGUUGAAAUCUCAUUGUCAUUUGUGAUGAAGAUGGUUAGCGUACUUAGUUUACUCAUAGCAAAGCAACCUCCUUACAAAAAACGAUUGACUCAAAGCAUGGUUUCACACUAUAAUAUAAAAAAUGUGCUGUUUUACAUGCUACGAUAUGUACUGUUUUGUUACCGCUUGCAACUGCCGUCGUUCUUUGCAGGCCUGUUUGUUACUUCAUGCACACGAAAAAUAAAGAAUUAUAAAAAAAAAAAAAAAAAGUUUGAGGACCCCUGGUUUACAUGUUCUUUUGUACCUCUUCAGCAUUACUACAUGUUUUGGCUAAUGUAAUUUGUAUGUUGCUAUUUGUGUUUGUAUACUGUUAAAAUACAUAAUGAAAGCAAUCCCAUCAUUCCUGGUGGCAUUGACUUAUCACUAAACUCGUGAUAUAUUUCUGACUGCUUGUGUUUUCUUUCUGCACUUUGAAAAUAAUCAAGGCUGCAAUACAUUGGAAAGUUUUAAUGAAAUUUAUCAACAUUUAAAAUAUUUUUAACUGGUGUUUUCAAUUAAUUUGCAGGCCGUCCCCCGGGACCUGAAAUGGAAUACUGCACAGAUAGAGAGUCCUAUUCGCUAGCGGCCGGACUGGCUUUGGGAAUGGUGUGCCUAGGGGUAAGCUCUGAGUUAUUUGCUAAAUCAAUUAUGCAUUAUGGGUGACCCAUUGUAGGAGCAACAUUAUAUAUGAAAAAGGCUGUAAUCUUACCGAAAAUCUUGCUUUGAAAUGUUUAUCUAAUUGCAAGGCAUUCACUUGUGAUAAAAGUGAAAUAUUCUUUUUAACUUUUGUGAUGUUUGUUCAGUUUUCCAGAAUGCAUAGUGUCUGCAUUCUAUAAGGAAAUUGUGGUUAUAAAACUGUUGAUUAUUAUCGAUAAGCUACCUUCUGUUUGCUCAUCUUUGAUGAGAGACAUAAGUUCACAGGUUGUAAACAGUCCGGAAGGUUUAAAAUAUGUGUAAUCGUCUGCAGUCAUAAAAAAAUUGACGUUUAGCAAACAUUAUUUUUUUUCUUGGUAUUAUAGCGUUUCUGUGCCAAAGGAAUAUACUGCAGUUGUUGUGUAACAUGGAAUGAAUGGAAGGGAGGUGCAAAUGUAAAUGUAGGUUAUUGCUCAUAAAAAAAGAAAAUGUAAAAGCCUGAGCAGUGGUGACAAAUCUUGACUCUGCUGAUGUUUAUGGGGUGUUAGAACAAUGUCUAACCACCUUGACCACUUUUGCUUGUGGAAGUGGUCAUGGUGGUAGGAAUGUGCAGCAUUUCAACUUGAAACAUUUCACAUACAUUGCACUGACAUAGUCUAUAAAACCAAUUUAGGAUUGCUGUUCUUGUGGCUAUAGGCUCCUCCAUAUUCCAAAGGUAUAAAUACAUUGUAUUUAACAUGUUCCCAUGACACCCUGUACAGUGGCAGGGCCUGAUUUGCUUGGGACAUAUUGGGGAAAGACUAUACAUUUCAAUGACUACCACUUUAACAAGACUCUCCAGUUGAUAAGUUAGUUCUACUAUCUGACAUGUGUGUUUAAUGUGACAUAUUGUUAUUUUUUAAACAGAUAUUCUGAUUAUUUAUUUAGCUGGUGUGAAUCACCCAUCCAUUAAUAAAACCUAAUCAACCAUCCCCUGAUGACAGUCACAAUUCUCUCCUUGAAACUCUCCUGAAGUAGACCUUAUUGGUGUAUACUUUGAUAGCCCAUUUAAUAUAGGUAGUUGAAGUGCAAAAUAUUUGUGCAAUGAAUGCUUACUUCAGAAAUAAAGUAAUCAAGGAUACAAUCUGUGUCUCUGUUUUUGACCAUUUGUUAAUACUUCUCCUUCCAGCACGGGAGUAAUUUGAUUGGCAUGUCUGACUUGAACGUUACAGAGCAGCUUUACCAGUACAUGGUUGGAGGUCACAAACGGUCACAUGUUGGCAUAAACAGAGAGAAGCAUAAAUCCCCCAGUUAUCAGAUCAAGGUAUGAAACCAUAAAUCAUAUGCAGGAAGUAUUGCAUUUUAUUUAUAUUUACAUUUUCUUUGAAACUUAAACCCACUGAAGUGUAAAGGCAUACAGCGCAACACACGCCCACAAUUUUAAAGAAAUAAAACCUGUUUAAUUCGUUACAUGCACUGUUUAAUGCUGCUCUGUCACCUCCUGGCGUCUUUGGAUAGUUUGCAAAGGUCUCCGAUGGUAACUUUGCCUCUUGUAGUGAAGUGGAUCCUCAAUAGACUACGCUUUGUUCCUCAGAGAGCUUGGCAGCAGUAGCUGUGCCUGUUCUCAAUGGUAGUAAAAAUGCCCAAGACAAAGUAGUCCUUAUGAGCAUUUAAAAAAUAUUUACAGGUAAUGGUAUACAUGUAGAAUAUUAUUGUAAUCGAGAAGAGUAGCAAAAUGCAAAUAUGGGGUGUCUGUAGUAGAGGGACAAACAUGGUCUAUGAAUUCCCACAAAAUAAAACUUGUGUGAAAAAAAAAUCACAAACUUCUUUAUAUUUUAUAAAAUUGUUAAAUGAAAAGUGUCAAAAUGCGGUUUGUUACAUAUUCUGGGGUGGAUGUACUGUCUACACUUGUAUUGUUUUAUGUAGCUGUUUUUUUUGAUUCUGUGACUACUAUAAAAGUUGUAUUAUAAUAUUUGUAUUAGAACUUCUAAAAAUUACAUAAAAUCCUAGACAUAUUGGGAGUUUUAACAUUCAGGAUUAAUUAGUGCAUAUACUUUGAGUUAGUUCUCUUUAGUUUCACUUCAUGUGUAGAAAUAUGUAAAACUGACUUUUUUUUUAAAAUAAAUUAUUCCUGUUUAGUAGUGUUAUGUAUACAUAUAGGGUAAUUUAUCAUUUAUAUAAUGUUAUAGAAUAUGUAUGGGCACACUUAAACAGGGUGAUACUGUGGUAGGUUGAAUGCAUUGCAAAAGUGCCAAAAAGGCGAUGGUCACAAACGCGUUGCAUCUCAAAUUAACUUUGGUACUUAACGGGUUAAAAACAUACUUUUUUUUGUUUUAUUUUGUUUUUUUUACCUCUAAAGUGUGUCUUAAUACACACUUUAGAGGUUUGCCUCUAGGAAAGAAAUAUAAUAACCUUACAAGCUUUUACCAUUAUUAUAGGCUCUUUAAUAAUUCAAUGCUCCUAAAUGUCUGCGUUUGUUCAUAUUUUGCAUGUUAUUGAAUGGCAUCCUGUAGCUCUUUAUUGCCUUUAUAUUAUUUUCUUUUAUCCACAUCAUAUUCCAAAACUAUAGCAUGCAUGUAUGUAUGUGAAGAUGAGCCCCGGGGUGUGGUACAGUUUGACUAUUAGCUCAGUUCAACGCAUAUGUUCAUAUUUUGCAUGUUAUUGAAUGGUAACCUGCAUCCCUUUAUUUCCUUUUUAUUAUUUUCUUUUAUCCACAUCAUAUUCCCAAAAAAUCUAUAGCAUGCAUGUAUGUGAAGAUGAGCUCCGGGGUGUGAUACAUUUUGUCUGUUAAACUCAGUUCCUUGAAAGAUGUGUUAAAAACAAUGAAUGGAAUAAUGAAUUACACAUCCCUUUUUCACACACGGUCUCAUGCGUUACAUUUUCCAGGUCACCACAAUAUCGGCGUGUAAUGUACUCUUUAUUAUUUAUACAGUUAAAAAAAAAAAAAGUUUAUCAUGCAAAACAUAUAACCAGGAUAUAAGGAAAUUUAUAGUAAAAUAGAUGUGUAAUGCAGUUUAAUAUCCGCCACAAGUAUGUAUCUAUAUAUAUAUAUAUAUAUAUAUAUAUAUUUUUUUUGUACAUACAGGACUAUGUACUAAAGUGAGAAUUGUUGGGAAUUUAAAGUGAAUUUUAUACUUAAUGCUAAACUUCCAUCGAGUUCAACUACUUUGGCCAUGAAUUCUCUUUGAAUUCCCCACUUUUUCAAUUAAAUAACCCUGAUAGUGAACGCCUUUGUGGCUUGUUAUUAAAGAGACACUAUGUCAACACAACUUAAUGAAGGUGUUAUGAUAUAUAGAUCAUGCUCUUGCCGUAUAAUUGCUCCAUUGUUUGCCAUUUAGGAGUUAAAUUAUUUAUUAUUAAGGGACUCUCUCUAAAUAAAGAUAGGGAUAACUUAGAUAAGUGAGAUUAUAAGGGUUGUGAUAGGGAUGGGGUAGGGGGCUGGUGGGAAGAAACAGGGAAAUAUUUGAUGAAUUAAAGGUUAAUUAAACCCAUGAUUUUUUUUAUUAUAGUCAAGAAAAGAAGAAACACUGUAUUAAUGAUGAUAGAGAGACCUUAAAGCUACUUAUCAUAUGUAAUGGUUUUAAUAAUUAUACAUUGCGAAGGUAUCUAUCUGAAAUAUAAUAAAAAAAAUAAAAAUAUAUUUUAACACCAAUAGCCACACCUCCCUGCAUGUGACUUGCACAGCCUCCUUACACAUUUCUUGUGAAGAGAUAUCUAUUGCUUAAACUUCCUUUUUUGCUUAGUCUAUUUAAUUUAGAAUUUCUUUCCUCCUGCUCUGUUAAUAGUCUGAUAGAGCCUGCAGGAGCCUCCUGUUUAACGUUUAAUUAACAGUACAGGGGAUAAAAACAUCUAAAGUGAAUACACUGAGCUGUUCAAUGUGAUUGAAAAUUAAACCUUUUUUUUUUUAUUUUUUUCUUUCAUGCAGAUUGUGUGCGUCACAACCAGGGAGGUGUGACUAGGGCUGCUUAAACAGAAACACAAGUAAUGUAGCCCCUAGAUGGCAGAUAAUUGAAAUGAAUUGCAUGAUUCAUACAUUAAACUAAACUUUUCUUUGGUGUUCAGAGUUCAGAGUAUAACUCUAAUAGUAUAAAGUGGAAAAAAGUGUUUUAUAUUUAAUAUGGCCAUGUAAACCUACCUGUAUAUUUUGGAAGAAGUUCUAUACCAACUACUGUAUAUUGCCUCACAUGUUUUUAUUACACCGUGUUCCUGGAUUUCUGUCUCUUUGCAGGAAGGUGACAGCAUAAAUGUAGAUGUCACAUGUCCUGGGGCGACACUGGCAUUAGCUAUGAUUUACCUAAAAACCAACAACAGGUAAUAUUGCUACUUAGAAUAAUUAAAUUCUUCUAAAGGGAGUUGUCCUGGUAGAAACACUGUGUCUGACAGUCUUCUGGAUGCAAGUAUCAAACAAAGAGUUUAAUUAUUUUUUUUAAAUUACAUGAGCCAUUAAAUGUCCCAUUAUGUACGUAAACUGCUCGUUAAACCGUAACCCAUGUUUGUGAGAAUAGGAAUAUAUGUAAAGACUUCACCAGUGAUGUAUUUAGAUUGUUCACGCGAGUAAAAUUACAAAAUUAACGGGAACUACUGGUGUCCACUCUAAAUAUAUCCAUAUAUCCAGGCACACCAAGAGGCAGUCUUGAUUUUGGAACAAAAUAUAAUUUUGGCUCCCACAUCAGCCAUGUCAAGUCUAAUACUUAUACACAGUCUUAUAAAAACUAAUAAGAAUUAUACACAAGAAGAAGCAUGAAGUGCUAAAUUCAUAUUAAUAAAGUGCUAGUGUCUAAAGUAGUUUUGCAGAAGGAUCCUGCAUAAUAUAACUAAACAAAAAGGUCAGUUAUUUAAAGUGACAGUGCAGACGUGUUAGAGAUCCCACUCAUUUGAUGUCAGACACUUCAGACGCCACUCGGUAAUUUUUGGACUCAAUGCCCUGUCUCCCAUCCAAAUCGGUGAGAUUAUUUAUUCAAUUACUGGGAAUUUUUUUAAAUUAUGAUUGGGGUUACUAUAUAUUGGGGUAACUUCACUCAGUGUAUAAGACUUGGCACAGGCUCAUGUAGCUGCCGAAACAUCAUUACAUUUUGAUCCAAAUCUUGUAGGGAUCUUGCCCUACAUGUCUGGAGCACCCUGGUGGAAGUGAUCCAUUAUAGUGAGUUUAUUGUUUACGUUUGUUUGUACAAUGAUAUCCAUUCUAGCACUAUCCAGUCAGCAGUGUUGCUGUUACAUUGUCAUUCCUUAAUGGGUUUUGGUUUGCAGGUCAAUCGCUGACUGGCUGCGGGCUCCCGAUACCAUGUACUUACUUGACUUUGUAAAACCAGAAUUCCUUUUAUUAAGGGUAAGGUGGUUUUCUUUUCUUUGUUUUUUAUGGAUGGCCGUAAUAUUAUCAUACUGCAUAUACAUUAAUUAGCUUAUUAUAAUAGUGUCAUCCAUCGACCGUUUUAUCAUACACAGUGUCACAUAUUAUUCUAAACAUUCUUUCAAAAGUGAAUUAGUCAACAAAAUAAUCAAUUUUUUUAAAAAUCCCUACUGCUACAUGUAAAUAGCCAGAAAAUCUAAAUAUUUCUGAACAUACAAUUUACUUCUCAUUAGUUACAUACAUUUAACAAUAAUUUGCCAAAUUAUGCUUUGUUGAGACAUGGUUAAGAAUAUUAGACAUUUUAUAUAAAAUGCAGAAAUUGUAACAAGUACUCCUCUAUUAUUUUCAGACUCUUGCAAGAUGCCUAAUUUUAUGGGAUGACAUUCUGCCAAAUGCUAAUUGGGUUAAUAGUAAUGUGCCCCAGGUAAGUAUCCAGGGUGGUGUGGGGCUUGUGACAAAUUUCACAGAUGCACUCUGGGAUGUCUGUUAUUGCUAUAUACAUAGCUGGUUUUAGGUUGGUACUUUUUACAAGUGUGACUGUAAGAUGUAUUGAAGUUUCUUGUACAGACUGAAUCUUGCUCUUCACCUUUCUGUCUUGUAGAUCAUUACAGACAACAGCAUAUCACUUAAUGCAACAGAACAGCCAUUAUCAGAAGAUCUAAACUUGGAAACACUGGCGUAAGUAUCACUGCUCUUUAAUAGUGUUAUACAGCAAAGUGGAAUUAUUAUUUAUAAGGAAUAAUAAUGAUCUACAGAUAGAGAUGCAGUAUCAAUAGUUUUAAGAAAAAACUAAUGGAUAAAAACACUCAAAAUGCUGUUUAGCUACUAUCAGCCUUUUCCUUUUGGCGUCUGGCCAGAUCAAAUUUUACAGAUUUCAAUGAAAACAUUUCUUUAGGAGAAGGAAUUGUGGCUAGUGUAGAGGUGAGUAAAACUAGAAUUAAACAUGCAUACUAAAGAGGCCAAGCGAUAUAAAGCUAUAUACUGUAAAGCAGUCAUCCCAAACGUUGUCCCUCCAGAUGUUGAUGGCCUGUUGUUCCCAGAUUUCUUUGAAUUAAGUAGAUGGCCAUAUAAUCAUUGGAGUUGUAGUUCAGCAACAUCUGGGGGGCAAAGUUUGCUAUUCCUGCUGUAAAGUAUAAUUAUAUUUUCAUUCAUUUAUUGUAGAUCUUUAAUUGUGAAAGCACUUGGCAAUGCACAAUUGUUGAUUGACACUUGUAUGCUUUUUUCCUUUUUGUUUUUUUAUGAGGAUGUAAGGAUAAGUAGGUAGGUUUAGUGAAUCCUACAUUUCUCCAGCUAACUAAAACGGCCAUCGUACCUAGCUUGUCUUAGACCAGGGGUGCUCAAAAACCAGGUCUCCAGGUGUUUUAAAACUACAGCUUCUAUGAUGGUUUGUCAUUCUAAAUGCAUUCUAAAGCAUCAUGGGAGUGGUAGUUCUACAACAUCUGGGGAUCUAACUAUUGGGCACCCCUGCCUUAGACCCUUGGGUAGAUGGGAGGUGAAGUUGCACACAAAGCGUGAAUGUAAUGAUUUCAUAUCAACUUGGAUAUGUGGGCAAACUAGGUGGUCUUAAAGAUCCCGAUUUGAUGUCAUAUGUAUGGUUUUUGUUUGUUGUUUUAUUGCAGACAAGCCCAUGUUUACAUUAUUGCUGGCGCUUGCCUGGCUUUAGGCUUUCGAUUUGCUGGGUCUGCAAACCAGGCUGCAUUCAACUGCUUGGUAAGAUGUAAACACAUAUGAUGAUUACCACAUAAUUUAAUGUUGCUUGAAGGCCUUGUCUUACAGUUGAAUCAUUUUGUUCUUUUUCUCCCAGUGUAAAUUCGCAAAAGACUUUGAAUGCUUAUCAGGUCAAGCUGCUGGCAUAGUAAGUGUAUAAGACUUUAUAAACAAAAUAUUUGAUAUAUUUAUUUUUUCUUUUUAACAAAAAUUCACUUGGUAUAUAUGUUUAAGAGUUUAUUUCAAAAACAUGAACAGAAAGCUGAAUUUGGAAUUUAGGCCAAAAUAGCCAAGUUGUUAAAAAUAAAUAAAUAAUAAUAAUAAAUAGCUCAGCAGGUGCUAUUUUGUUUUACAUUUCAAGAUUUGUAUUUCAUGUUUUCAUUUAAUCUUAAAGGAACACUAUAGUGUUAGGAAUACAAAGCUGUAUUCCUAGCAUUAGUGUUUCUCUACGCGCCCCCUUCACCUUUGUUAAAUAAACCCCUUAAGGACACAUGACGUGUGACAUGUCAUGAUUCCCUUUUAUUGCAGACGUUUGGUCCUUAAGGGGUUAAACACUUACCCAAUUCACUGGCUCUGACUGCGCACUCGACGUCUUCGCUGAAGGGGAACCUAAUGGGUGUGUGCUACAAGCGCCUUAGGCCUUCCCCAUAUGAAAGCAUUGAAUUAAUGCUUCCCUGUGGGGGAUUUGAAGACGCUGGAUAUUGAUAAACCACAGGAAGCACCUCUAGUGGCUGACUGGUAGACAACCAGUAGAGGCAGUGUUAAAUCUACAAUAUAAACAUUGUAGUUUCUUUAAAACUGCAUUGUAUUAUUUUGCAAGGUUAAGGGGACAGUACAGUGGUCUGGGUGCCUACAAUGUCCCUUUAAAGCAUGAUUUUGUAAUUAAAUAUAUCAUCGUUUUACCUUCAUAAAUUAAAAAUGCAGCAACCAUGUAAUGGUUAUGUUACAGCACUAGCUCCCAGUGACGACUUCUUUUGGCACCCGUUCCUGCAAUUUAAUAUCUUACAAAGCCACUUCGGUUAAUGACCGUCUUUUCUAGGGAAUUAAAAUGCAAAAAAAGUGAAAAUAACAAUGGAACACACUUUGAUAUUUAGUAAGACAAAGACUAUUUACUAAGGCAUUUGUUAAGGGAACACACUAUUACUUAGCAUACGUCAUUUCCACCUAUUUAAAGCAAAAAAACAGAAUAUAUUCUGCAAUUCUUUAAAUUGACACAUAGCAGUAAUUUAUAAGCAAAGCAGGAAUUUUGUGCAAAUUGUAGUGGAUAAAUGUAUAAUUCUCAGUAAACCACUGUUGUGCAACCUCUAAAUAUAGUGCAAAUACUUGUAUGGGCAGAGAGAAGUAUUAUUAUUAUUAUGAUAUUUAUAGAGCGCCGUCAAAUUUCGCAGCGCUUUACAAUGGGUGGACAAACAGACAUGUAGUUGUAACCAGACAAGUUGGACACACAGGAACAGAGGGGUUGAGGGCCCUGCUCAAUGAGCUUACAUGUGAGGGAGUGGGGUAAAAUGACACAAAAAGGUAAGGAUCGUAUUAGACUAAUGACAGUUGCAGAAGAGGAAUCCGUCAGGAGCUAUUAACAGUUUAAUUGAUACGCUUUUAUGAAGAAGUGGGUGUUUAACGAUUUUUUGAAGGAGUGGAGACUGGGUGAGCAUCUAACGGAGGAGGGAAGCGAGUUCCACAGGAAUGGUGCAGCCCUCGAGAAAUCUUGAAGGCGAUAGAUUGAACAUGAGGUUUGAAGGAGAGGUCGGAGUCAAAGAGAACACCUAGGCAGCGAGCCUGCGUGGUGGUGAUGAUGGUAGCACCGUUGACUUGGAGGGAGACAGACACAGGAGUAACAACACUUGAGGGAGGAAAGACCAGAAUUUCAGUUUUGGUUAAGUUUAGUUUAAGGAAGUGGGCAGCCAUCCAGUUAGAAACAGAGGAGAGGCAGUCAGAGACACUAGUCAAGAGGGACGGAGAGAGAUUAGGAGAGGACAGGUAGAUUUGCGUGUCAUCUGCAUAGAAAUGAUAUUGGAAGCCAAAGGAGCUAAUGAGUUUACCAAGGGAGGCAGUAUAGUUGGAGAACAGUAGGGGACCAAGGACUGAACCUUGGGGGACACCAACAGAGAGGAGUUGGGGAGAAGAAGAAGAGCCAGAGAAAGAAACACUGAAAGAGCGCUGGGAGAGGUAGGAGGAGUACCUUAUAUAUAGCACAGUAUAUCUUUAAUAUGUUUUUUUCAUAUAGCUGACAUAUAUUUGAAUAAGGAUUUUGUCACUUUUGCUACAAUUUUAUGACACUGUGCAAAGAGAGAGGUGCUAUAGAGCUCCCUGAACCACCAUAAUAUUCCUGAAGUAGUUGUUAUGGUGCUUGGAUUCUCACUUUAAAUGCUGCUAAAAACACCUUUUUUAUGGUCAAUAACAAACCUAUAGCAUCACUUAUAUCAUUGUCCUUUUCGUGCCAGGCUCAGUCAGGGCACAUAUUGCAAAUGAGAAGGAGAAACCGAAACAUUAAGGGAAAUGAAUCAAAAUGUUCUGUUAUUAAAAGUGGUGCAAAAUGUGAAAGGAGAGAAAUCACAAAUGGAAUGUGCCUGCUGGUUUCCCUGGUUUCCAUUGAAAUUGCUCCAAGCUUAUUUUGACCAUUUUCUAGAACGGAACACUCCUUGUGUGUUUUUCCGCUUACCAUGUUCCGUCCGGGCCAUCAAUGAUUUCGGCUUCUGUAAAGAUAUUUAGUCAUGUUGUGGAUAGAACUCUGUUGAUUGGCAUGUGAAAAGGCUGUGUUUUGUUUAUCAAGUUGGAUGCUUGAUACAUCUGUCUGUAACAUUUGUAAACCCCACAUUGUUACCCCUGCUUGGAUAAUGAUAACCAUUUGACUGUUAUCCUUUUUAAUCUUGGCACACAGAUGAAUGAUCCUGGAAGUGCAACAUAGUGCACUAGUGUCUAAUAGUGUCCAAUGCUAUACAAUAACAUUGGAAUUUUUUGAACAGAAAUCUACACAAACUAGUACAAAUGAAUGUUAUUACCAAUGCUUAAGAUUGAAAUUAUCAGCCAUUGCUAUCUCUUACCCUUUAAGACCGGUCAUUAUAACCUGGAAACCUGUCUCAGUGUGGUGCUGUUGUCCCUAUCCAUGGUCAUGGCUGGAUCAGGCAACCUGACUGUCCUUCAGUUAUGUCGUUUUAUGCACAAGAAAACCGGUGGGGAAAUGAACUAUGGCUUUCACCUAGCACAUCACAUGGCAUUGGGCCUUCUCUUCCUCGGAGGUGGGCGGUAAGUCUGAAACAUUUUAGUGUGUGUGUGUUUUAGUAUGGCUGUAUCCUUGCACUCAGGCUGAAUAUACAGUGGCCGGGUGCCAGUCUGAAUGAUAUAAAUGUCUUUAUUGAGGGGCCAGGGAUCAACGUUUCAUCCCAUACUGGAAGUUUCAUCAGGAUAACAUUACAAUACAAAGCAAAUAUUUAUAUAGGAACAGUAACUAAGGUCUAACUAACCACAGGUGUGCUCAGUGCGAAUCCAGGCGUCCGUGCGUACCCUGUGCGUAUGCGUGUGGAUAGCUUCGCCCCCAAUAGUGAAGCGGUACAUGCGCCAUGACUUUUCGUUUACUGUUGUCGUGGUGACGCGGCUUCGAUGUCAUAAUAGUGAUGCCGAUAUGGGGAUGCAUAGUGCUGUUUGUACCUAUGGUAAAUCGUGGUAAUAUUGGAAGGAUAAUUGCUAUAACAAGUAAUUACAGGUGAUUAUAAAUAAUAACGUAAUAAUUACUGCUAGAUUGUCGUGUUGAAGAUUGUGAGAGUAGACUAAAGUAUAAUUGUUACACCUGAACAUAAAAAUAAGGCAUAUUUACAUAAAGUACAUAUUAACUAAACAGUCACUUGCCUAAUUAAAAAAACGAUGAACCUAGAGGGGAAAUAGAUAUUAUAAUUUAUGAAGAAAUUUAACUUACAUACUUUAUGAAUAAAUUAUAGUCCCUAUCUCUAAACCCCAAAACUUAGUUUGGGGUAAAGGGGUGAAUAUUAUUGCUAACUAUUGAAUUUUCUAUGUUCUCUCACUAUUGAAUUUUCCCCUUCAGUCUAAGGUUUGAGCGAAAAUUCAAUAGUAAGUUAGACCUUCGUUACUUUUCCUAUAUAAAUGUUUGCUUUGUAUUGUAAUAUUAUCCUCAUCCUUAUGAAAGUCCUGGUACGUGACUUAAACGUUGACCCUGGAACCCUCAAUAAAGAAAUGUAUAUAAUUCAGCAAGGCCGUGAGUGCAGCUCUUUCUAAUAUUUAAAAAAAAAAAUAUAUAUAUAUAUAUAUAUAUAUAUUUUUUUUUUUUAUCUUGUCUGUCACCAGUUUUGUUGUCAGGUUUAUAUCGCUGUCUUUUGUUUGUGGUUACAAGUGUUUCUGUUUAAUUUCUAUAUGUGAUUUUGUUUUACAGUUAUACGCUAAGUACUACAAAUUCUUCCAUCGCUGCACUGCUUUGCGCACUAUAUCCUCACUUCCCUGUGCACAGCACAGAUAACAGGUAAAUAUCACCAAGUAUGUUCCUUGCAUGUUCUUUCACAAAUGUAUUUAUGUACAGUUCAUUCCACAGUGAAAUAACAUUGUCAAUGUGAGGAUCUUGACCAUGUCACAUGCAUUAUGUGUUUUAUAUGAAGAUGGUCAAUUCUCCUGUCCUGCAUCUCUUAAUUAAAUUAAUUUUUAUUUAAACCCAUUUGUACAGUGUUGCAUAAAUUACUGGCAUUUUAUCAAAAUAGAGUAGUAAUAAAUGAUGAAGCUUCCUCUUUUAGAAUAUUGAAAACUUGUAUACAACAUUUAGAAAGCUUUUGAUGAGUAGCCAAACAUUUUUUUCCACAAAGCUUUGCCAGCCUUAAAGGGGAACUGUCACUUAUUUGUAAUUUACAGCAUUGAAGCAAACAUUAUUAAUCCCCUAUAACAGAUAAAUAAAUUGCUAUAUUUUCUUUUAAAAUGUUAUUAAAGAUUUAGCUCUAUGCUGAUUGCCCUUAUUCAAGUUACCGAGAUCAUAUGAAUGACGGAUAGCUCAGACAGAGGUGCCCAGUUCCAGCAUAGAGGUGUGGAUAUCUAGAUUUUAUUUUAUUUUUCCCUUCAGAUUAGAGGCAGUGCUUUACAACUGGGAUUUCAUCACCUGGAGGGAAAAAACAGGCAGGCAAUCUCCCAAACUUUUCAAGAACCUCCCCCAAUUAACCUUUGGCCUUAUAAAUUGCUUCCUACCCAAGACAUCCCCAGUUCUUUGCCUGCCUCCGGCAGAGGAGGGUGUCAGGGUCAGGUUUUCUCCCUAGAAGUAUGGUGAGAGGGCUGAGGCUCUGGAAGCUCUACUUCUUUUAAAUAAACUUUUCAGAGAUCGGCCAGGGAUAACACACCAGAUGGCUGUAUCUCACAAAUGCAUAAUUCUUAAACAGAGGGAUCGUAAAGAUAAUGUUAAAGUUCCUGGGAAAUGACCGUUCACAUUUAAAGGGACAGCCUAUGCACCAUAACCAUUAAAAAUGCUCUCUAGUGGUUAUGGUGCCUUAACUUUCCAGGCGGUUUCCCAAGAUAAGAGUUAAACAAUUUUUAAACAACUUGACAUGUCCCUAUUUGAACAAAAUUGAUGUCAAUAAUGUGGAAUUAAGAACUUACAUAUUACAUAUAUAUCAGAAGAGGAGGCUUGGGUGCAUGGAGCCAGUGAGGGGAACUGUCAAAUCGUUUGAUAGAGUUCUGGCUACUCUGUCUUGAUUGAAGAUGGUCUUUUGCAAGAGUACAACUAAAACUUUAUUUUUCUAUUGUUUGUUUAUAUAUAUAAUCAUCCUGCAAUUUUCUUCCAUGGCUAUUACACAGCCUUUAUCACCAUAUAUGAGCAAUCUUUACAUUCUGUUAUCCCAUUAUCCCAAUAAGGUAUCACCUUCAAGCUCUGCGGCACCUUUACGUGCUGGCUGCUGAGCCACGGCUCCUGGUGCCUGUUGAUGUUGAUACAAAUACUCCAUGUUAUGUGCUUUUGGAGGUUACUUACAAGGUAAGACUUUGAAUUUAGAUAGCAACAAAGGUUUUGUCUGGGACAUCAGAUGCAUGCAGUAUCUAUUCACAAAUAAUGUUAAACACUUGCCAUUUUCAUAGUUUGACAUUAUUCUUUUUUUUAUUAUUUUGCCACAUUUCAUGAUUUCGCGAUUUCAUGCCGAAAAGUGUAUAACCAUAAUCACUAACCCCAGUACAAAUAAAAGUUAAUAUGCAGUGAUCCAGUGUAUAACAAAGACAAAAUUUAUAUCAAACCACACAAAGUGAGAAAGUAAUAAAUAUGCAAAAAUACAACCUGAGCUUGUCAGUAUAAUCAGGUAGUAUCUAAAAGCAUAAAAUAAAAUACAACAUCGUGUAAUCUGUAUAAAAACAGUUAAGAUAGGGCAGAACAGACUAUCACUCACAUUAUGCAGAGCCGUCCCAGGCUCUGUAUUGUAGGCUCAAAGGUGCCAAUACAGGCAAACGAAGUUCCCAGAAAGUAGAUGGAGAAAUUUCUCAAAAAAAUAUAUAUUUAUUGAAUAAUAUAAAAUUCAAAAUUACAAAGCUCAAGGUACUAGAGGAGUGGAAUCCAAACCAUGCAAACAAAAGGAUAUCCACUUACCCCAAAACAAAGACCGAGAGGAAAUACAUGAAAUAAACACACAUAAAAAUAAAAUACAACUGGGUAAUAAAAAAUAGCAGCAAGCAGCAGACGCGUUUCGGCUCAAAAAGCCUUCUUCAAGUGCUGAUGUUGAGGUCUCCGGAGCUUGUUUAAAUACUCUAGAUCAUUGCAAACACGUGUGUAGUCUCCGUUCAAUUCCGUCACUUCCGGUAUUUUCGAAUGACGUCACUUCCGGUUAUCGGCGUUUGGAACGCAUGGUGAUCCAGUGUGUCUGUACUUUGCUGGGGUCUUAAAUAUUAUUUGUCUUUUCUAGAUUUAUUUUUAAAUGUCCUUUAUUUUUUUUUUUUAUAAAAUCCAGUGCAAAGUCAUGGGUAAAAAAAGUUUGGUGAUUUUUUUAAAUGUAUUUUGCCUUUUUUAAAUGUAAUAUUAUUUUAAAUAUGCAUAGGGAACACAGUGGUAUGAAGAAACAACGGAAGAACUGAUGGCACCAAGCCUGCUUCCUGAGCUUCAUCUGCUAAAACAGGUGUGUGUAUUUUAACAUCUAUAUAUAAAGCAUGCUACUCUAUCACAUCGUGUGUAACUGGAGGUCAUUUUCUGCCUCAUGCUUGUCCUACAAAUGUAUUAGAAAGAUAGAAUACAAAUGGAGCCACUGUCCUUCCAAAACGCCAUCCUCUGCCAAGCGUGUAACACACCAUCUCUGUGUUAACCAUUAGAUCCAGUCUAGGAGAAAUUUGAGUUACACUUGUGAUUUCUGUUAUAUAUGGACGGUUUUGUAUUAUACCUUAUUUUGUUUUAUACUAUUUUCCACGUAGCUUCUCCUCUUCAUGACCAUAUUUUCUUUAGUAAGCAUAUAAACUGCUUGCUUUUUAGCCACCACCUCUGUGUUCAGAUGUUUAUGGAGAAUGCAUUGUCUGUAACACUUCAGCAGAAUCAUUGGGAGAGAUCUUGGCUGUCUGCAUUCAUGGCGUUAAUUCAGGUGUUCAGCUUCACUCUUACUUCACAUAAAUAUACACACGUACAAAAUGAAGUGAAUGGGAGCUAACUUUUGUAGCUGACUGUACUUUAACUGUAUUUGUUAUCCAUUCCAUUAACACAUAAUUAUUUUUCUCUCUAUAUCAGAGUGGAGUUGGUUUAAACCCGUAUUUAAAUAAAGAUUUAAACCUGCAAGAGUGAGUUUGAAUCAUAAUUUUUCAAUGUAAAGACUCACUCUCCCUGGUUGUUCCGAUUAGUUCGACAGUUAUGUCAGAACUGCUUUUGUUUUAUACCAUUAGAAAUACGUUGGUAAUGAUGACAUCAUUGCAAGGUUAAAUAUCCAGUUUAGUAGCUUAAAAACUCAUCAAAGAACAGCUUAAAUAGUUGUAUUUAACUAAAAUAAUAACAUAUAGCAUAUAUAUUCAUGUAUUUGUUUAAACAUCAAUGAUUGUUAAAGGGACACUAUAGUCAACAUAUAACGGUCCCCUAGCCUUCUUUCUUGCUUUUAUAUGAACUUGUCAUAAAAAAAAAAAAAUCUGAGUAAGUUUUAAUAAUAAAACUUACCUCCGUUCUAGCGCUGAGCUCCCCGCUAGGCCACGCCCCCUUUUUUUUGGUCAAAAUGAAGAAAUCACAGGGCCCAAUAGGACGCUUCUCCUUGAGAAGCGUCAUCGCGAUGUGGUGUGCAUGCGCGGUUUCGCGCUGCACCAAUCACAUUCUUCAUAGAGCGGCAUUGAAUGCCGCCCUAUGAAGAAACUCAGCGCUCAACUGCGCAUGUGCGCGGAAUACGCGUUUGCGAGCUGAGCUGUCUGACUGACAGCUCAGCUCGCUUUCUAUACCCGCCCCCCUCCUCAGCCAAACUGUGUUUGCAUAUAAACACUAUAUAUAGAUCUCUCUCUCUCUCUCUCUCUCUCUCUCUCUCUCUCUCUCUCUCUCUCUCUCUCUCUCUCUCUCUCUCUCUCUCUCUCUCUCUCUAUAUAUAUAUAUACUGAUAUAGUGUUUCUAUGCAAACACACAAGUAGUAAAAAAUUAGACAUACACACACUCUUUCUCCAUCCAUCCCCAUCAUUCAUAUCAUCCAUCCCCAUCAUCCAUAUCAUCCAUAUCCAUACCCAAAUCCAUCCACUCCCAAUAUCCAUCCAUAUCCAUCCAUCCCCAUCAUCCAUCCUCACCCACUCACCCUCAGUCACCCACACACACUCACUAAAUUUACUUACUGUUUGAAUCCUCCCCUCCUCCUCUUCGGUCUUCAACCUGUCAGCUCAAGCCACUCCCACGCAGUGCUGACAGCCUCAGCACACAAAGCUCGUGCACAGUGCUUUGUGUGCUGAUAGCACGUCUGAAGUAUUCACCCAUGCGUGAGUACAUCAGACCUGAAUGAAGCCUUUUUAGGGCUUCUGAACUCUGAAGUCCAUCUGGUGGCAGUCUGACUGCAACUGGAGUUGUUCCAAGCUUCCAAUGUAAACACUGUAUAUUCUUUGAAAAUACAGUGCUUACAAGAAAAAGGCUUCAGGGAGCUGUAGCACACACCUGAACAACCUCAUUAAGCUGAAGUUGUUCAGGUGACUAUAGUGUCCCUUUAACUAAGUGGCUAAAUAAACUAUCUUUACAAAGCUUAAACUGCAAUGGUGUAUCCUCUUACCAGGGUCCCCGCUGGGAGCCUACCCUUCUCUGAUGCUGGGUGAAAAUUCUCACUGUUCACUUCUUUGCCAUUUAAGAGUUAAAGCACUUUGUUUAUAUAGCCCUAGUCACACCAUUCUGCAUGUUUCAGCUUUCCUAAACACUUACUGUAAAGUGAGAUCUAUUGUUUAAAUUUCCCUUAUUAUACAUUCUGUUGAAUUUAGAAUUUCUUAUUUCCUGCCCAGUUAAUAGCUUGAUAGACACUGCAGGAUCCUCCUGUGUGUGAUUAAAGUUAAAAAAAAAUACGUUGUGAUUACAUUGUUUUGAUGCCUAUAGUGUCCCUUAAACUUGGAUCCAUGUAUUUACCAAAAAUUUUAAUAUUGCAUUAAUACACCGCCUCAUUCUACAUAACGGAUCUAUAUUAAAUGCUGAGUAGUAGUUGGACUAUGUUGUAUCUUAAAUUGAAAACUGUCUCUAAAUCAGUGGUUCCCAAACAAGUCCUUACAACACACCAACAGCACAGGUAUUGUCAAAUUUAAAUAGAAAAGGGAAAUACAUAAAUCCUGGAUUGUUGGUCUACCAUGAGGACUGGUUUGGCAACCUCUGCUGUAGAUAAAAAACAUUUUUUCCCCAUCCAAAAGGCACUUUUUUUUUUUUUUUUAAAUUAAACAAAUCUGAAUGAUUGAUUUCCCCCCCACUCCCCUCCUCAAUUUGUAUUCAUGGUGUUUUUGCUUUCUGUCAUCAUUUGUAGUACAUAUCAAUGUGUAAUGUGCUUUUUGAUUAAUUUUUCUUUUGAUUUUCCUUUUCUGAAUGUAAAUAUUUUACGCUUUGAUUUGAAAGAUUGGUUUAAUGACAGAUGUGGUAUUAAUUAUUCUAAACAAAUUUAUAUUCACUGUAAGCUGGAGAGGUUAGGCUCUGCUAGUUUUUUGAUCUGUUGCAGUAGAAUCCUUGUCUUUAAUAUCCAGUUAACCGAGAUGGGUGUUUUAGCUUCCAUACUGUAUUUAUAAAGGUCUGUCUUGGUUCUCUUUGUCUAAUCAGAUUAAAGUGAAAGGCCCCCGAUACUGGGAAAUAGUGAUUGACUUGCACAAAGGCCCUCAGCAACUCAAGUAAGUGAGAAUUGUCUUAUUAGUACGUUACUAUUUCAAUAUCUUGAACAGGUGAUGCUUGCUGGUUUCCCCAGUCCUUAUUAAGAAGACUAAUUAGACUGAAAUCCCAGUGGAGUCAACAGGCUAUUUCCACUCAUUCCAGACUGUAGACAAUAUGUUGCGACUACUGCAGACCCUCACUUAACCCACUUUUUCUUUAGGAUGAAUUUCCUUCUCAUCUCUUAUGACUCUUGGUGUGCCUGCUAUCGUACCUGCUUAAUUAUCAUUAGGUUCACUUCAGACUGUCACACUGUGUGAUAAAUGUGAUCUUAUUUACAUUCACUAUAUAAAUCUGGACCACAAUUGUAAAUGUACUGUCUUAGGCUCUAUGGAUGUAUCUUUCGAUCGUCCGCUUUCCCGCUGAAGAAUCUCAUUGUUAUUAAGGGGAUACUGUAGGCAUAAUAACCAUUUCAUUUAAUUGAAAUGGUUAUAGUGCCGAGGGUCCCCUAGCACUCCUCCAUUCAGUGUUUAAUUAUUUUUGAGCAAGUUAACAGUGAAUGAGGGUUCCUGACUUCCUUAAGUCUCGCCAUGACUGGAGUUAUGGCUAUGGCAGAGAUCACACACUUCCUUGUAGCCAUACCAGUUCUUACUUGCAAUGGCACAGUGAUUGGGUGAUUACAGUCAGCUGACACUCUUAGCUAAUCUCAGCCGCCUUUUGCUGCUCAGGUUAAUACUAACUCACUAGCCCAAGCAGCACAGAUGGGAUUGUUUCUGGGGUUCUUGUUUAAUUUUAAGACGUUAAAGCUCCAGGGAACUCCAGACAUUAUAACGGCUUCAAUUAGGUGAAGCAGUUAUAGUGCCUACAGUGUCCCUUUCGGUGAUCACUAGGAUCCGCCAACAGAGUUGUCUUAAGAAUUUAAAAAAAAAAAAAAAAAAGUUGAUCAUACAAUUUAAGUGUACUUUGGUUUCUUGUCUUAUUUGAAAAGUGCCUCUUAAAAUGAAUCCUGCUUCCAAAAAUAUAUAAAACAUUUCCACAUUUAAAUUAGCCUACAGGUUCAGAGACGUUUCUGAAAAUUAAAUGCAUGCUUUUUUUAAUGAAACCACUGGUAAUCAUGAAGUGAGAUUUUAGGUUAAGGGAUGGAGGGCAUUGGAUUGCAGGGAAUUCUAUAGUUUGUGUUAAACACUUGAAACAGUCUGACAAAAACUGUUCCUUUAAAAAUGAAAAAUAAACACUUUUAAAAAUGCUUAUUAUACUAAUUUCAGUUAUUUUUCAUCUUCUGUUUUGGUUCCUUUUAUUGCAUUAUUAAAAAACAAAAACAAAAAAAAAGUUGUAUUUAAAUUUAAUUUAAAAAAAAUAACUUGGCACAUGUAUCACCUGUGAUUUUUGGUUAGUUGGGAAAAAAAUAUUUUUUUCUGUGCAUAAUCCAAAUACCAGUUAGUCAUUUAGUAAACAUUUGUUGUUGAUGGCAUGCUGUAUACCUGUUUUUUUGCCAUGCUAUAUUUUAAACAAAUUGGAAAUAAAACUUGCCAUGUUUUGUCAACAUAGAUUCUGUUUUUGCUAAAUUUCUUAUAUUAAACAGAGUGGGAAGAUUUUUUAAUUUUUUAUUUUGUUUUCCUGUGUAGAGCGGGUCAUUUAAUAAAGGGAGAAUUUUCUGUGAAUUUCAAAUUUAAGACCAGAGUAGCUGAGCAUAGAUGACUUUCUGGUUCAUCUAUUUUGACCUUAAAUAUGAAAUUUACUUUGAAAUUUAAUGAUUUACCCUGAUUGUUAUCCUAGUCUAAUAUUUACAGGGGGAAAAAAGCAUCCAGGGCAUUAAGCAGAGUAGACAAUUUAAACUAUAAUGUGUAUAAAGUUACAUAGAUAUCAAUACAACAGUUAGUGAGACGUAUUUGUGACGGUCAACCGUGAAACAUUGGAGGAAUAGCUAAAAAGGAUCUCCUGGGAGAGAAAAGAGGUGUUAAUAGCAAAGAUGUAAAGUUUGAAAAUACCUGGUAAAAGGUAAUAGAAGAGGACGAAUAAGAGAAAAAAAUAAGUAUAUAUAUAUGUGUGUGUGUAUGUAUAUGGAAGGGGGGGGGACCAGAGAGCUGUUAGUAACAGGAACUCUAUAUGGGAAGGGGGCUAGGAGUGGAACAGCAAUGGAUCGAUCUGUUAACAAAGGGGCAAUACCUACUGCUUUUCAAAUUCAGUAGAUGUGUGAUCUGAAAGUAUCUCUAGGUAUCUAGACUGGUGGGUGGUUCUGGCUAAAAGAAAAAACAUGUCAACUACCCUGGGAAAUUAGGUGGCAAGGAAUAUUUUGUGGAGUGAUGGGAGGCAGAGCCAACCAAAGAUUUGUUGGGUUGACAAAAUCUGAAGGUCCUUUCUGAUAGUAUUAUGAAGCUUUUUGGAAUUACAAUGAAGUUGGAAAUGGUCAUGUUUGCUCAGUACCCCAAGGAUUACACUUUGUAAGAAAAACGUGCUUGCAGUUACUACAGGAGGAAGCCGUAAGUUAGAAGUUCAGGUUUAGCAGCUUUAAAGCAUACAUUUGGGGAUUGUACAUUGAUAAAAGGUGUCUUGCCUGCAAUGUUAGUGUUACUUAGUUUUAGUACUAGUACUUAGUCUCCUCCCCUCCCACCACUAAACUAUUGGGUGGCACUAGUGCACCAUGCAAUAUUCCACAUUGUGCAUAAACUUUUUAUUAUUUUUUUAAAUGUAAGAAUGAAGCCAGCACGAGGGUAGUGGCUAAUAGACAGCAGUGUGUAAGACUUCUUUAAUAUAAUGAACAGCAGAAGGUUGUUGGCAUAUACAGCCAAAUCAUGCACUUUGUCAACAACCUGGAAACAUGCAGUACUCUGUGAUAACUAGGCAUGUGCAUGGGAAAAAUUUUCGGUUCAGUUUAGCUCGGCAUUCCGAAAUUCGAGAUUUUCGCAAUUUGUCACUUCAGAAAUUCGGUAAGUUCGGGACUUCUAUUGCAGCCGCUUAGUAGAUAACUCCCUAAUUCCCACGGUAUAAAAAUUACUUAGUAUUAGUAAAUUUUGCCCCUACUCGCUAUACCGCGAGUAGGGGCAUGUAUAGUAAACAGUGAGCAGCCUGUGGCUGCUCACUGUUUAAAUUAAAAAAAAGGGUCCCCCUCCCAAGCCUCCACUCGCGACGCGAGUGGGGGCCUUUAAACUAAUUUACCCCUGAGCGCCGGGUGGGGGCCCUAAAGUAAAAUGAUGGGGGGGGGACACACCUAUUGUCCUCCCCCCUGGCCCCCACCCCUGAGCAGUGGGUGGGGGCCCUAAAUACUAAUAAGGGGGGACACCUAAUGUUCUCCCCCCUGAGCGGCGGGUGGGGGCCCUAAAUUGGAAUGGGGGGGUUACCUAAUGUCUUCCCCGGCUCUCACCCCUGGGCGGCGGGUGGGGGCCCUAAAUACCAAUAGGGGGGACAUAUUGUCCUCCCCCUUGCCCCCACCCCUAAGUGGCGAGUGGGGGCCCUAAAAAAAAAGUCAUCCCCACACGUGACUAGGGGUCCCCAAACCCCUAGUCACCCCCUCCCCCCCAAAAAAAUUAUCCCCCUACCUACCCCCCUCACCCUAAAAAUAAUGAGGGGGGGACUUUUCACUAAGUACCUGUAAAAAAUAAAACUUACCAUUCAAUGUUUUCUUUCUUCUAAAAUCUUCUUUUUUCAGCCCCAAAAAAGGCCAAAUAAAAAACCAUAAUAACCGACGCAAUUAAUAAAAGAAAAAAUUCCAUCACCACCCGGUGAGGGCUCCGCACAGACUGAGCUCUGCCCUCGCCGGGUGAAGGAGUAUUAUUUCUUUGCGCUCUGUUUUUUUUUUGUGUUUUUUUUUGUAGUGUGUUGGUUAUUAUGGUUUUUUAUUUGGUCUUUUUUGGGGCUGAAAAAAGAUUUUAGAAGAAAGAAAACAUUGAAUGGUCGAAUGGUAAGGUUUUUUUUUUUGUUGUUUUUACAGGUACUUAGUUAAAGGUCCCCCCCUCAUUAUUUUUUAGGGUGAGGGGGAUAGGUAGGGGGUUAAUUUUUUUGGAGGGGGGAGGGGUGACUAGGGGUUUGGGCUGCUCACUGUUUAAUAGACAUACCCCUACUCGUGGUAUAGCGAGUAGGGGCAUAAUUUACUAAUACUAAGUAAUUUUUACUUAGUAAAUUUGGCUGAAAGACCAAUUUAGGUCUUUCAGCCUUUUGGUAGAUAGCUCCCUAAUACCGUGGGAAUUAGGGAGUUAUCUACUUAUUCAUUCCUGUCAUUACACUGACUGGCUAAGUAACUUACAUUUUACAUGAAUGUAUGUAUGUUGAUUGUUGUAAGUGUUGCAAAUGCUUACAGCUGAAUCCUGGCUAUGUUUGUAUACUUUUUAUUUAAAAUUGUAUACAAUGUAACAUUCUUCUUCUUUCACUGGGUAAGUAUAUUGGUACUUAGGCAAUACUGUAUUUCGGGACUUCAGCAAUUCGGACAUUUUGAAGUACCCGAAUUCACCGAAAUUCAUCCGAAUUCAUAUUCGGACCGAAACGAAUUGCACAUGUCUAGUGUUAACUGCUCCUCGAAACUGCUACGGUGAUAGAACAUGAAGCAAUGGGCAGUGGACAGUCUCACACUGUUUUUAGACUGCAUUCUCUUAGACCAGGUAUAAUAAUGUUUUUGUUUUUUUUACUCAGAUUCUUGCCAUAGGAAGGAUAUAUAUAAUAUAAACAAAAUAUCUGUUAAUUGGAUUGCUACAUUGAACCGUGCACGUCAAGUGGAUAUAUACAAAAAAUAUAGAGAAUACAAUAUAGUGCAGAUUGUAAAACACUGAGCCAAUUUUAUAGGCUCUUUGAAAUGUGAGUGAUCCAUUCUGCUACUUAAUUAAACUAUCAGUGUUUUUACAAUCUGCACUAUAUUUUUUUGUAUAUAUCCACUUGACGUGCACGGUUCAACCAAGAUCUCAAGGGGCAACCCCAAAAUUUUCAUAGCACUGCACUUGAGGUAUAUGUUCUAAAUAUACCAUUUUUUUUUAUCUUUCUGUUAAAUUGUGUGUGGAAUAAAGGGGAAUCCACACUACUGUACAGAGCUGCUAUACAUCAAUUUCACUAUAAGCUAUUUUUGUGACACACAAUCUCCCAAAAGGAGACUUUGGUUCUAGAUUGCUACAUCAUUGUGACUUUUCCCUCUUAUUUACACACCUGUUCAUGGGUCGACAGAUUCAUUUUAAUUAAAUUUAAAAAAAUAUUUUUUUUUUUCCUUCUUCAAUCAGUAUUUUUAUUGAGGCAUACAUGUUACAAAAAAUUGUUAUAUAAUAACAUUGGGGUAUAGUACGUACAAUAACAGAUAAUGUGAGUAUAAUUUUCAUCAACAAUAAUGAAACUAUCUUGAAAAGCACUGAGUGAGCAAUAAUCUGGUGUAUGAGUAAAACACAAGUAAUAUAGUAAUAUAAGACAAGUACUAUGCCAGUGAAUUCUUUACAAUUUGCAGUCACCCUAUUGUCACAUAGGGUACGGUUGGGAGUGUUGCACAAGUGCCACUGAUGGAUGCAAGUCAACAAUACUGGUGUCCCAGUGCAUCACUAUACCCGCACCAGGCCUAAUAAGGAGCCUUCACUAAUACUGGCCGGGUUAUAAAUAAUGUCCAAGUCCUUUCCCCUGGACAGUGGAUCCAUGCACUUUGGUCUGUUGCUUGGACAUCUCCACCCAAAUAGCUCUCCACAAGUGGGGGGGAGAUGUGAUGGGGACAGUCCCCUAAUGGCUCUCAGCCCAAGAGGGGCCUUACGUCUGAAUGGUGUUGAGAGAUGGCUAAUGUGCCUGGUGCAGGGACACCCUACCUCCAGCUCUGCGUUGCCGAGCCUAAGUCUUUUAGUGAGUAUUGGGUGGCUUAUAGAAUGCUUGUUUGUAAAGUAGUGCCCACAUCCUCUUACAAAGUUGGUCGUAUUUGGACAGGAUGUCCUCAGUUGCAUAUUAGGUUUUGCUCCACGUGGCUGCACAGCCAUUUUGCAAAAAGCUAGUACUUACAGUUGCAAGAAAAAGUAUAUGAACCCUUUGGAAUGAUAUGGAUUUCUGCACAAAUUGGUCAUAAAAUGUGAUCUGAUCAUCUAAGUCACAACAAUAGACAAUCACAGUCUGCUUAAACUAAUAACACACAAAGAAUGAAAUGUUGCCAUGUUUUUAUUGAACACACUAUGUAAACAUUCACAGUACAGGUGGAAAAAGUAUGUGAACCCUUGGAUUUAAUAACUGGUUGAACCUCCUUUGGCAGCAAUAACUUCAACCAAACAUUUCCUGUAGUUGCAGAUCAGACGUGCACAACGGUCAGGAGUAAUUCUUGACCAUUCCUCUUUACAGAACUGUUUCAGUUCAGCAAUAUUUUUGGGAUGUCUGGUGUGAAUCGCUUUCUUGAGGUCAUGCCACAGCAUCUCAAUCGGGUUGAGGUCAGGACUCUGACUGGGCCACUUCAGAAGCCGUAUUUUAAAAUUCUGUUUAAGCCAUUCUGUUGUUGAGUUACUUCUAUGCUUUGGGUCAUUGUCCUGUUGCAACACCAAUCUUCUGUUGAGCUUCAGCUGGUAGACAGAUGGCCUUAAGUUCUCCAACAAAAUGUCUUGAUAAACUUGGGAAUUCAUUUUUCCUUCGAUGAUAGCAAUCCGUCCAGGCAGCAAAGCAGCCCCAAACCAUGAUGCCCCCACCACCAUACUUCACAGUUGGGAUAAGGUUUUUAUGUUGGUGUGCUGUGCCUUUUUUUCGCCACACAUAAUGUUGUGUGUUUCUUCCAAACAACUCAACUUUGGUUUCAUCUGUCCACAGAAUAUUUUGCCAGUACUGCUGUGGAACAUCCAGGUGCUCUUGUGCAAACUGUAAACGUGCAGCAAUGUUUUGUUUGGACAGCAGUUGCUUCCUCUGUGGAAUCUAUUCUUGUUUAGUGUUUUACGUAUUCUAGAUUCGCUAAUAGGGAUGUUAGCAUUUGCCAGUGACUUUUGUAAGUCUUUAGCUGACACUCUAGGAUUCUUCUUCACCUCAUUGAGCAGUCUGCGCUGUGCUCUUGCAGUCAUCUUUACAGGACGGCCACUCCUAGGAAGAGUAGCAGCAGUGCUGAACUUUCUCCAUUUAUAGAUAAUUUGUCUUACCAUGGACUGAUGAACAGCAAGGCUUUUGGAGAUACUUUUAUAACCCUUUCCAGCUUUAUGCAAGUCAACCAAUUCUUAAUCGUAGGUCUUCUGAGAGCUCUUUUGUGCGAGGCAUCAUUCACAUCAGGCAAUGCUUCGUGUGAAAAGCAAACCCAGAACUGGUGUGUUUUUUUUAUAGGGCAGGGCAGCUGUAACCAACACCUCCAAUCUCAUCUCAUUGAUUGGACUCCAGUUGGCUGACAUCUCACAGAGAUGUCAUUAGUCUAGGGGUUCACAUACUUUUUCCACCUGCACUGUGAAUGUUUACAUGUUGUGUUCAAUAAAAACAUGGCAACAUUUCAUUCUUUGUGUGUUAUUAGAUAAAGAUAGAGGAGUGCAGGUAAAAAUAUGUGUAUAAUAUACUUAUAAAUGCUUGAUUGUCCUUUAGAUGUUACCUAUAUACAGAAAAGGAUAAACAUAGCAUAAUACUGUUGGACUAAAAGAUUGUCAAUAAGUAAAUAUUGGUUCCACUCACACUUUGCAGAGCCACAUAUAGUAGGCUCUGACUUUUGUCGCUCUUUUCAAAUCCCUGAUGUAUUUGACUCCACCACACCUCCAGGUCUCUCCACUUUUGCCAGGAUACAGGAGAUAUAAAUGAUUCCAAAGGAGAUAGGGGAUAUAGGUCAAAAAUUUAUUUAACAUAUAUAGUUAAAAACAGGGAAAUCUAUAAAGUGCAUUCAAGUGAAAAUCAAUAAGGUAGCAGCACUGACGCGUUUCGACCGUCAAAACAGUCUUUUUCAAAGUGCAUAAAAUGUUCGUCUCCAUACUCUGUAUAUAUACCAUUUGAAUUUGGCGCCAAAAAUCUCCGUUCGCUGGCGUCCAUGUACUUCCUGGUUUCGCCGGCCGGCUUACUUGUCUCCACCCAUUUUUACGUCAGAUUGCGUUUAGUUGCGUCUGACGUCAGAUGUCUUUUUCCCGAACCGGAAGUAACUCAAAUUAGCUCCCUGAAGCUGCCGCAGCCAUCUUAAAAGAGUCUUUAUAAUAUAUUCAGUAUGGGACUAUCCUGGCAAUAUAUUCUUCAAUUUGUAACAAAGUACAAACAUCUCGAUCUUUAUAAACCUAUGUUGCUAAUAAAAAGCAUAUGCAAUUGCACAGACAUAUUUUUCAUAAGUAUAUUUAAAAGAAGAGAAGAGAAUACCAUAUAACAUUUAAAACAAGAGAGAAAGAGAUAACAUCAUUAAUAUGUCUGUGAAACACAGAACAGUAAAACAUAUAGAUUGUUAAUACAUAUAUUCAUAAAAAAUAUAUAUAUAGAAAAUCAUUUUAUAUUAAAAUCAUAACUAUAAACCGUUUUUUAAAAAUAAUUAAAUGAGCACACUCAUUUCAAAAUCCAUAUUAAGUCCUUUAGGUGAUAGUGUGUCCAAAUUAAAAAUCCAACCCAUUUCACAUCUACUCAAAUUUGCGUUGAUAUCACCUCCUCUCCAAUGUUUUGUAACCGUUUGAAUUCCAUAAAACUUUAUAUGACUUGGGUCCUGAUUGUGGUGUUCAAGAAAAUGUAGAGAGACAUUAUGGGUUUUAAGUCCUUUUUUGAUGUUAUAUAUGUGUUCACGCACCCUCGUGGCCACACAUCUAGAUGUUUUGCCCACAUAUUGUAGACCACAGGGGCACUCCAACACAUAUAUAACAUUCUUAGUCUUACAAGAGAUAAAUUUAUCUAUCUUGUACUCUUUUAAAUUAACAUUGGAGUGGAAGGAUAAAAUCUUUUUUUCUUUUAUUUUAGAUGUUCUACAUCCCAUACAUUUUCCACAAAAAUUAAAACCUUUUAAAAUGGUCUUCUGACUGUUUAAAAAAUUAUUGUCAGUUUUUUCAAUAAAACUCGAUGUUAAAAUUUGCUUAAGAUUCUGGGCCCCCCUAUAUAUAAUUUUAGGUUUCUCUCCUAUAUAAGGUGCAAUAUCAUCAUCUUGUUGAAGUAAAUGCCAGUUCUUAUUAAAAAUUUGCUUCAGUUUUGAAUGAUUUUUGUUAAAAUUAAAUAUUAGUGGGAUUGUAUCUUCAUAUUUUUUAUCAUUCUUUUGCUGGUGUUUCAACAAUUCUUCUCUAUUUAAUUCCCCAAUUUUUUGAAUUGUAUUCUCAAGACUAGCUUCCUUAUAACCUUUUUCUAAAAAUUGACCUUUUAGUGAGGAGGCCUGUAAAUUAUAUUUUUCUAUUUCUGAACAGUUCCUUCUCAAUCUAAGGAAUUGGCCUCUUGGGAUAUUAUCCAGCCAAGGUGGAAAGUGACAGCUUCCCUUUUCUAUGAAGCUGUUCACAUCCACCUGUUUAAAGAAUGUACAUGUCUCAAUUUUGUUCUUUUUAAUAUAGAUGUUUAAAUCUAAAAAAUCUAUAGUUUGUUGGUUGAUUGUAUGGGUUAGUUUAAUAUUCCAUUGAUUAGUAUUAAGAUAAUUUAAAAAGUCUAAAGCUGAUGAUUCACCACCUUUCCAAAUAAAGAAAAUAUCAUCAAUAUAUCUUCUAUAGAGGACCAGGUUCGCUACCCAGUCAUGUUGGGAAAAAACAAAAUUUUCUUCCCAAUGGGCCAUAAAUAAAUUAGCAUAACUGGGAGCGAACCUGGUCCCCAUAGCAGUUCCUCUGCAUUGUAGGUAAAAAUCACCUUCAAACCAAAAGAAAUUAUUGUUUAAAAUAAAUUUGAUAGAUUCCAAGAUAAAAUCAAUUUGGAAGCAUCAUUAAUUUCCAGUAAAAAGAGUAAAUUUCAAAGAGAUCAUAAUGAUUAUGCAACCAAUAACGUUAGAAAGAAACCUAGAAUCAAUAAGAACUUUGAGAAAAAAUAUGAGAAUAGGAUGACUCAAAAGAAGGAUAAAAUAAAUUUACUUAGAAAAGAGUCUAUCUCAUAUCCAAAAAGGAAUGAACCCAAUGAUUGGAUAGAAGUAAAAAAGAAGAAUAAAUAUCCUCAAAAAGUUGAGAGUAGGAAAACAAAUGGAAGAGAUAAUAGGAAAAAAGAAAGAGAGCAAUAUAGGACCCCAUUACCACCAAAGAGAUUUAUUCCUACAUAUAAUAGGUAUGAACCAUUAAAACGAAAUGAUAAUGGAAACUAUGAUCCUUUUUUAGAGAGAGGCCAAAGAGACAGGUGUUAUAUGAGCCCAUUCCCACAGAAAAGAAGACACAGAGAGUACGAGGAGGGAGAGAUAGGAGAAUUGGAGGAAAUGGAAAUGAGAGAAAUGAGGAGACCCGAAGGAAAAAUAAGGCGGAGAUAAAGAUUUUUAACCUAUCGGAUAAAAUUUUAGAUGACAAUCAUAAGAAAGUUUUAAGUAAAGGUUUUAAAUUCGUUCCUAGUUGUCCAAUCAAUAAAUUUGAAACCUACACAGAUUUAAAUAGGUUCACUAGGAAACUUUGUUUAAAAAAGUUUUUUAAAGAGAAGGAAAUUAAUAGUAUGAGAAACCAAGAUGAUGAAACUAAUGAAUUUCAACAUACAGAUUUAAAGAACCCCUCAAAAUUCUAUCCUACUUAUUUAAAAUCAAAAGAAAUGAAAGUAUUUGAAAAAGCCUGCAUUAAGGAUAUAAAAGAAAUAAAAGUUAAAAACAAUAAAUAUCAGAAUAACCUAACCAUUAAAGAGAAAAAAGCAAUGAUAGAUCUAAAGAAAGAUAAAAAUAUAGUUAUCAAACCUGCCGAUAAGGGGGGUGGAGUGGUCAUUUUGAGUAAGGACAGUUAUAUAGCGGAAAUCAAACGACAAUUAGAUGAUCAAGAAACGUAUAGAAAACUUAAAAGUGACCCAUCGACUGAAAUAAGGAGAGAGUAUAUUAAAAUCUUAUAUAAGGGUCUUAUGAAGGGAAUUUUAAUGUCCAAAGAAUAUAAAUUUUUGAAUACAGAAUUCCCAAGAACACCCGUUAUAUAUGUUUUACCAAAGUUACACAAAGAUAUACAAAAUCCACCUGGGAGACCUAUAGUCUCAGGGAUAGGAUCACUAUUGUCACCUUUAUCUAAAUAUGUUGAUACAUUUCUACAGCCGAUAGUUAGGACUUGUCCUUCUUUCCUUAAAGACUCCAUGAGUCUGUUACAAAUUUUGAAAGAUGUUAAGUGGGAGGAAGAUUUUUUACUUGUCACAUGUGACGUAGCCAGCCUCUAUACAUGUAUUCAACAUGAUAGAGGCUGUGAAGCAACGAGAUGUUUUCUCCAGACUUCUAAAAUGUAUCAUGAAGAACAGAUUGAUUUUAUCUUGGAAUCUAUCAAAUUUAUUUUAAACAAUAAUUUCUUUUGGUUUGAAGGUGAUUUUUACCUACAAUGCAGAGGAACUACUAUGGGGACCAGGUUCGCUCCCAGUUAUGCUAAUUUAUUUAUGGCCCAUUGGGAAGAAAAUUUUGUUUUUUCCCAACAUGACUGGGUAGCGAACCUGGUCCUCUAUAGAAGAUAUAUUGAUGAUAUUUUCUUUAUUUGGAAAGGUGGUGAAUCAUCAGCUUUAGACUUUUUAAAUUAUCUUAAUACUAAUCAAUGGAAUAUUAAACUAACCCAUACAAUCAACCAACAAACUAUAGAUUUUUUAGAUUUAAACAUCUAUAUUAAAAAGAACAAAAUUGAGACAUGUACAUUCUUUAAACAGGUGGAUGUGAACAGCUUCAUAGAAAAGGGAAGCUGUCACUUUCCACCUUGGCUGGAUAAUAUCCCAAGAGGCCAAUUCCUUAGAUUGAGAAGGAACUGUUCAGAAAUAGAAAAAUAUAAUUUACAGGCCUCCUCACUAAAAGGUCAAUUUUUAGAAAAAGGUUAUAAGGAAGCUAGUCUUGAGAAUACAAUUCAAAAAAUUGGGGAAUUAAAUAGAGAAGAAUUGUUGAAAUACCAGCAAAAGAAUGAUAAAAAAUAUGAAGAUACAAUCCCACUAAUAUUUAAUUUUAACAAAAAUCAUUCAAAACUGAAGCAAAUUUUUAAUAAGAACUGGCAUUUACUUCAACAAGAUGAUGAUAUUGCACCUUAUAUAGGAGAGAAACCUAAAAUUAUAUAUAGGGGGGCCCAGAAUCUUAAGCAAAUUUUAACAUCGAGUUUUAUUGAAAAAACUGACAAUAAUUUUUUAAACAGUCAGAAGACCAUUUUAAAAGGUUUUAAUUUUUGUGGAAAAUGUAUGGGAUGUAGAACAUCUAAAAUAAAAGAAAAAAAGAUUUUAUCCUUCCACUCCAAUGUUAAUUUAAAAGAGUACAAGAUAGAUAAAUUUAUCUCUUGUAAGACUAAGAAUGUUAUAUAUGUGUUGGAGUGCCCCUGUGGUCUACAAUAUGUGGGCAAAACAUCUAGAUGUGUGGCCACGAGGGUGCGUGAACACAUAUAUAACAUCAAAAAAGGACUUAAAACCCAUAAUGUCUCUCUACAUUUUCUUGAACACCACAAUCAGGACCCAAGUCAUAUAAAGUUUUAUGGAAUUCAAACGGUUACAAAACAUUGGAGAGGAGGUGAUAUCAACGCAAAUUUGAGUAGAUGUGAAAUGGGUUGGAUUUUUAAUUUGGACACACUAUCACCUAAAGGACUUAAUAUGGAUUUUGAAAUGAGUGUGCUCAUUUAAUUAUUUUUAAAAAACGGUUUAUAGUUAUGAUUUUAAUAUAAAAUGAUUUUCUAUAUAUAUAUUUUUUAUGAAUAUAUGUAUUAACAAUCUAUAUGUUUUACUGUUCUGUGUUUCACAGACAUAUUAAUGAUGUUAUCUCUUUCUCUCUUGUUUUAAAUGUUAUAUGGUAUUCUCUUCUCUUCUUUUAAAUAUACUUAUGAAAAAUAUGUCUGUGCAAUUGCAUAUGCUUUUUAUUAGCAACAUAGGUUUAUAAAGAUCGAGAUGUUUGUACUUUGUUACAAAUUGAAGAAUAUAUUGCCAGGAUAGUCCCAUACUGAAUAUAUUAUAAAGACUCUUUUAAGAUGGCUGCGGCAGCUUCAGGGAGCUAAUUUGAGUUACUUCCGGUUCGGGAAAAAGACAUCUGACGUCAGACGCAACUAAACGCAAUCUGACGUAAAAAUGGGUGGAGACAAGUAAGCCGGCCGGCGAAACCAGGAAGUACAUGGACGCCAGCGAACGGAGAUUUUUGGCGCCAAAUUCAAAUGGUAUAUAUACAGAGUAUGGAGACGAACAUUUUAUGCACUUUGAAAAAGACUGUUUUGACGGUCGAAACGCGUCAGUGCUGCUACCUUAUUGAUUUUCACUUGAAUGCACUUUAUAGAUUUCCCUGUUUUUAACUAUAUAUGUUAAAUAAAUUUUUGACCUAUAUCCCCUAUCUCCUUUGGAAUCAUUUAUAUCUCCUGUAUCCUGGCAAAAGUGGAGAGAUCUGGAGGUGUGGUGGAGUCAAAUACAUCAGGGAUUUGAAAAGAGCGACAAAAGUCAGAGCCUACUAUAUGUGGCUCUGCAAAGUGUGAGUGGAACCAAUAUUUACUUAUUGAUAAUCUUUUAGUCCAACAGUAUUAUGCUAUGUUUAUCCUUUUCUGUAUAUAGGUAACAUCUAAAGGACAAUCAAGCAUUUAUAAGUAUAUUAUACACAUAUUUUUACCUGCACUCCUCUAUCUUUAUCUUUUAACAAUAUUUGUAUUUGUGUGUUUUUUAAGUGGUUUUUUAAACACUGUGGAGUUGCACUUAUAUUCCAGCUACCACCCCCACACUUGUGUGUGUUUUUUUGCACUUUAUUGUGUAGACUUGUUUGUUUUGUGUGUUAUUAGUUUAAGCAGACUGUGAUUGUCUAUUAUUGUGACUUAGAUGAUGAUCAGAUCACAUUUUAUGACCAAUUUGUGCAGAAAUCCAUAUCAUUCCAAAGGGUUCACAUACUUUUUCUUGCAACUAUAUCUUGUGGACAGAAGCAGUCCAUCAGGGAGGUUGUUGAGUUUAGGUUCAGUUAAUACAGGGUUUGCAUUUUUAAUGUUAAUUAAAUUCUGUUUCUAAGCCCCUGGGUUCCUGUGUACUUUAGAAGUCCAGGGGUUCCAAUUAAUUUUAAAAGCAGUCGGGCACAGGAUUCAUUGGGGCAUCUGGACACUGCUGUAGGACCAUUCCGAUUUGAAAAUAAAACUUUCAUUUUUUAAAGUCUUAUAUUGCUUUUAGUGAUCCUGUCAGUGCCAGUCCCAGAAAAGCAAUUAUUUAAAUAGUCUCUUGUGGUUUUAACCAUGGUCAUAAAUAAAUCUUUAAUUCGUGUAACCCUGAAGAAUUUCGCAUAACUGCAGUGGUCUUUGGUUUUUAGGAACGGAAGUCAUUGUUUUAUUUUUAGAUACAAAAAGGAAAUAACAUCUUUACUGCCAAGCUAAGUGUGUGAUAUCCUGACAAACUCAUUUUCUGCUAUUAUAAAAUUCCACUGGAGAAAAUGCUGAUCACGGAAUGAAUGUAUUCACUAAAAUGCGUCGUCCCAACAAAAGACAGCCAACAUAAAAAUGGUGCAGCAGAACCUAUACUAUUACACAAACCGUUUGAGUUUUCUGAAAGAGGCAAAGGAAUUGGUUUUGCUAACAAGACAUUUGUUACUUUGAAGAUGUCAAAUGUUAACUCAUAUAUUUUAAUACACCUUAAAUGCAAAAAAUAAUAAUUCAAAUGUUUCCAUCUCUCUUAGAUCAGUUCUAUCUAAGGAUGGAGUAUUAUAUGUCAAACUGCGUGCUGGGCAGCUUUCCUACAAGGAGGACCCCAUGGGAUGGAGAAGCUUGCUGGCUCAGACAGUCACUCACAGAAAUUCAGAGGCCCGCAGCUUUAAGGUAACUAAUAUUUGUAGGUCUUUAGUGUCAAUCACGUAGUUCUUUGUUUGCAGUGGAACUACAAUGUCAAUGAUCCUAAACUAGACACAGGCACCUUAUAAAGUGGCGCUGCCAAAUUUCUUUCCCUAAGUACAUUUGAAAGCAAUAAUGAAAGUGAAUUAAAUUAUUAUUGUUUUGUCUGGUUUUCAAAUAAAUUCGGCUGAAAUUACAACAAAUAUGUCAUUGUAGUGGCGGCCAUCUUGAUAGUGUAUCACAAUUCCCAAGCUGUCAGGGACAAAUUACUGAUAAAAAAUUAUACUGAUAAUAACAAAGGCUUUAGACAACAGCCUAUCACAGUAUGUAUUUUACAGGAAAUUGUUCUUUGAACUCUAGUUAGGCAAUAUUUAUAUAAUUUAUUUUUCCUAUACCUUGAUAUUUUCUUCAUAGUGUUGUGUUUUAAAAUGCUCGAACAUGAUUGCACGGACUGCUUUUGUUGACAGAUCUGCUUUAAUAGAAAGCUCCAAAUAACGUAGCCCCAUCCCCCCAUGGGAGCAGAUAAACCAUUUUGUAAUGGUUUGACAAAUUACUAUCUGAAGCCUGCUGGACGCUGGUCACCUACUACAUGAGAGCCAGACGUUCUCAGCAUUGAGCUAGUCCGGUGUGCAGGAUUUAGAGUGCUAACCGAAACUUCUGGCUCUCAAAGAAGGAGGUGAGCGGUGCCUGAUGGACCCUAGCUAAGUUAUCAAACCAUUAGCAAACUAUUUAACUACUUACAUUGGGAAAGUGGGCAUCAGGGCACUCCUGGCACCAUAAGCACUUUAAAGAACACUGUAGUGAUCAUGGUGCUUUGAUUGUUGCUUAGAAGUUGAUUGCAGCUAAGUAUCAUGCAAUUUUUUUUUUUUUUGAUUUUUUUUUUUGCCAGACUACUAGCAAUUUGAUUACUCUUCUAACCUUGCAUCCCUAUGAGUACAUGGGUUUUUGGAAGCAGUUUACUCCUAAUAGCUCAGCCUUGCUCCUAUUUUUCUAAAAGCUCAUACUUGAUUGUUCCUGUCCUGUUUGCUCCAUGUUGUUUCAGCUAGGACACGUAUUUUUAAUAUAUGCAAUAUUCUAUGUGAAAUAAUGUGUGUAAAUUACUUUGACAAUUACUAAUGACACUUAAAGUCAAACUAUGAGGUUUUGUUAUAGAUAUUUUCCCACUGCGUAACUUCGCUCAUCAAACUAAAAAUAACAAAGGACAGUGUAAGUACCAUAAUCACUACAGCUCAGCAUACUGGCUAUGCUGUCCUCCGUUUUUGUCAAAUUGUUUAGGAGCAGUUUGACAAAAAAAGCAGGGUUCUUCCGCAGCUAUCCAGCUGACGGGAUAAUAUGGAAGCUGCGCCUCUGCAAUAUGAGUAUCAAGUUCAUCUAAAUUUCAGAGCAGUUCUAAGUUCUAAGUGCUGGGGGCAGGUUACCCACAACCCAGCCUAUCACGGCCAUCCAUGACAAUAACAUGUGGCACGUCCUCCUUAUUAUUUGCAAUAGCCAAAUCUUGUAAGAAAUAGACAAAAUGUAUAGAAUCUUGGAGUUCUACUUCCAAGACUUUAUGCAUGCUAGUACAUGUGUAAAACAAAAGAAAAACCUGUAAACAUAGGGUAAUAAAGCGUGUUUCAUCUACAUAAAUCUUCCAUUACCUUUUUUAUAUUGCUUUUGUUUAGUCACCUAUGUGAAAAUAGAUUUACAUUACAGCUGUACUGCAAACAUGGUAUUUUCCCAUAAAAGUAAGCAAGACCUACUUGCACAUGCACUGUACAGGCGUAGAGGCUUUACAUGCAUUAUCAUCUUCCGUGGGAGUAAAAGUAUUGGCCGAGAUAUCUCCUCAUUGCUAGAUGUGGUUCAUGUCUCCCUGAAGGAGUGGGUAACUAAGACAAUUGCUGCAGAAAAGACAUUUAGUGAUAACUAUUUAUAUUUUUCUAUUUUUAAAUGUUUAUAUUGUUUGAGAUGCUUGCCCUUGAAGCACACAAUGAUCUUUUUUUUGUUGUCCUUAAUCCCCAUAACAACAGAGUUGGUAAUUUCUCAAGUCAUUAAUUUCAGAAACUUUAAAUGUGAAUGGUAGGUGCAUGAAAUAACAGUGUUAGGCUUUAAAAUUGACACAAUCCACCCUAACUUAAUUUUGCUCAUUCUUAUUUAUUUUUUUCUCCGACUCAUUAAUGCCUGAAGACUGAAGUAAAGUGGAAACAGACAGAGAAAACACAUAGAUCUAAUGCAAACCAAAAAACCUUUGGAAAGAGUUUUGUUUUAUGUGUUUAAAACUGUUGUAGAUGAAAUAUCUGCUUCAUUUAAAUUGUGAGAUCUGCUUAGUGUCUCAAUGUUUUAGGUGAAGUAACGUCUUAGAUAUUUUUGCCAAAUGUAAUCUUGAUGACAUGUACAUUGUCAUCUCAGAAGUCAAGUCACUUGUCUUUCGGUUUAGUUUUACUUGUAUCCAGUUGUAAUCCGUAGAUUUUUUUGCAUUGUGUAAUGUGACAGUUGCAAUCCGGAAUAAAAUCGCUACAAAAAAAGGCAAAACAGAGUCUAACAAUAUCUGCAAGAAGCAUCCUACAUGGCCAGUAACAUCAAAUUAGUAACACUGAGAGUCCUGUUGUAAUCUUGAAAAUGUAAAGACUCUGAUUGUGGCAACUCCUUACAGUAAGUUAUUUGAAGGCUAUGCAGUUUGGUAAACAGCACAAAACAAAUAACAUUCCAAUCAUAAUUCUGUCUUUUCAGCCGGAGGCUAUAUCUGCUUUCACAUCUGAUCCAGCAUUGCUGUCAUUUGCCGAAUACUUUUGUAAACCAACAGCUGAUAUGGGUCAGGUAAAAAUUCUGCAUGUUUUCAUUUCACCCAUAGAGUAAUUAUGUACCACUUAAACGCUUCUCAUCCUUAAAGAUAAACGAGUACCAGAACAACUUAUGCUCA